GCGCUUCACCCACGGAAGAAGAGAGAGGGAGCAGGCGGCGGGUCCUCUCACAAACACCACACUUCACUGUGUCUUCAAACUCCUGUAAACCACUUGCUCUGUUGCCUCUCUGCAUUCUGACUUUUUUCUUUUUCACGCUCAAAGAGAAACAAUGGGAGAGCGUGUUGCUCCGGGGACCCGCUGAACGCUGUUUACUCGAGGGCGAUAACUUUACAUCUCAAGUCUCCUGGAGGGUGAGUUCAAUUUUCGUUUCAUCUGUAAUAACCGACUAAAUGGGCUCGGGUUUGAUCGGCAGAACGGGCUCAAGGACCCGCAGCUAAGGUUGCCAUCUCCCUCCAGUGAAUCUGCGGUGCUAAACAGCUUAGCAGAUGUUUGUUAAAGGACGUAAACUGCUUUUUUCCCCGGUGAUAUUUAUGUUUAUGCUGUGGAAGUGGCCCGCUGCAACUUAAGGUGCAUGCAGUCCACAGUCGUUUGGAAAGCGCUGCUGUUGGCUGGUUGAUGUGACAAAUUGUGCUUUCUAUUUAAUUAGGCUAUUGGCGAGUCUAUCCCGUGGAAAUGUGUGUGCCGUGCCAAAGAAAAAGGGCUGUAUCAUCUUGGGAGUUUUGUAAUUCCUUGCAGCCAUGUUAGUGUGCUCUAUACAUGCUUCUUAUCCUGGAUGUUCAGCUUGGAAAACUAUUAUUCAAGGAGGCUGGGAGGCUUGUGAUGCAGUUUGAAUGACAGUGAUCCAGAAGUGAAUGAAAUGAUAUAUUUGUCUUGACUGCUUCAGUGUAAGUUAUAUACAUUUGUUGCAGGGAUUUCUCUGUUUCUGAUAAGUUUGAUUGCACAUCCUGAUCAUUUAUCUGGCACCUACAGCAUAUGAAAUAUAUCAUUUGAUAUUACCAUCUGCAAUGCUUUUAUUCAAGUGUUCCUCACUCUUAGAUGAAUUUCUCAAUGUGCUUUUAACUUCAUCUCAUGUCCCUCAACGCCAAGGAUGAGAAAAGACGCUAGAAGCUGUAGGUUAACAUUUUGAUUCAGCCCCAUAAUAAAGAAGACUCCAUGCAGUCUGUCGUUUCACCUUUGAGCCACUAGAUGACAACCAAGUGCAGGCUAAGGCGUCUGAUUAAACUUGCAUUAGCCUAUCAGUCAAUGAGCAGAACUGCACCAUAGCUUGUUAAUGAAAUCAUUACUGCUGUUGAUUUCCUUUGUAGAGAAAUAAACAGACUGAGAAGGCUUCUGUAGGAUCAAUGAUUUUUAUCAAAUCACUGGCAGAUACAUUAGGUGACACUCACUCACACACUAACACACAAACCACACACACACCCUCUCUCAUUUACACUAGCGGGAGCUCUCAGGCUGAAGCUGUUGUUUUUGCCCUGGUAGGAGCUGCAUACAUUGUAGACUCCUCGCUCUGCAUGGCUUCUCCGCAUUAUAGCAAUUUGUCAUAAAGUCAUUUAUCGUGAAUGCACCUUGGCACUACAGCGACAUAGAUUUUCUGCUGACCCUGAGCCUGACACUCUGUUUACACAAAACCAUGCUUUCAAAAUAAAGAUCUGCAUGAUUUUUGUUCCUUUUUGACAAGUUUAUUACAAAAAUUAUUCUUUUCUGGCUUUAUAAAAUACACGUAAGCUAUUUAAUGUCUUAAACACCUCUUAGUUAAAACAUGAUACUGUAUGCUUUUUUCCUUCUUAAUCCAAAAUGAAAAACAGCUCAUCCACAUGAAAAACAACUUGUCCAAACUUAUGUUAACGCUGACAUUUAUUUUAUUUUAUGCCUUUGUGUGAAGCAGCACAUGAAGCAAGGUUUAAACAGGGCAGUCUGUAGCAUUUUUUUGUUGGCUGUUCUAUGUUACAGAUUUGGCUGUUUAUAUCUAUGUUUUCAAAGUAUCAAGUGUCCCUAAGCAUUGAAAAGAAAAAACAUUUUACUGCUUUCAUUUUAUUGGUCUGCAAAUUGUUUUUCAAGAUUAAGAGGCCAGUUGUUGCUCCAGUUUUCCUGUUAUUUUUUAUCUUAUUUUUUAUUUUGCUUGAAUUUUCUGUGAUUACAAAUUUUUGAGGGGACAAUGCCAGCAAUGAUUUUAUCUCCUUCACGUUAACAGAAUCUGUCUGAUUUACUGCGAAUAAUUCUGAACCAAAAUAACUUUGUGUUUUUAUCCAGAGCAUUUGUAAAGUCAAAAAGUAUUGCGGUUGUACUGGACUCAAAUACAUAGGUGCCAGUCUGUCCUCUUGAAAAUGCUGUAACAUGUUCAGUGAGCUUCAAAGUUCUCUUAAAGUACUCAUUUAUUGAAACUUGUGUUCUGUAGGUGGUUGUUGUAAACUAUGUGCUGGUCCUCCAGGGUUUAGGUCGGGUUCAAGCUGUGAUUUCAUAUAACUUUUUCCAGCGAUGAGCAGUCAUGCAGCCAGAAAACAAAUUGAUACUCAGUUCAACUUCGGUGGCUUCGGCUCUCAGUCGGGCCAAGGACGACAUUUGCCACGGAGACGCCUGCAGAUUCUCACGUUAUUUAAUGAGAAGCGAGCAGACACAUCUUUGUCUCAUUUCUGAGCUCUUCCACAGCAACGUACCCGUCAAGGGCACAUAAGUGGCCUGGGCAUUUUUUUUCAUUGUGUGCACUUUACAGUGUAGUAAACCCUUCAAGUGGAAACCCCGAUGUUUGGCUCAGUCAAUACAUUUAAUUAGAACUGAUUAAUGAAAGAGUGGCUGUGGAAGGCUGACAGCUUCCUCACUGCACAAGGACAUAUUCUUUGGCUAACAAGGAGGAACUGCUUUCCACAAUUGGGAUUUGAAUUCACAAUUUAGGCAACAUAUAAUGAGUAAAAUAUCAGAAUCAUGUUAAAGUUAUAUUUCAAGAUCCAUUUCAUUCCCUUGUUAGUUAAAUGGACACACUAAUUCAUUCUUAAACCACUCAAUUAAUGUAAUUACACUCGACGAGUGGCUGGAUUGCACCCAUGUAGGCUCAAUAAUCUCUUAAUCACAUGUGAAUUACAGAUUUGGAAGGACCCAUCUGCACAUAUGCUGAAAAGAAGUGUCUCCCACAAGCCGAAUGUGGUGUUGGCACUGUGUAUUGUGAUAUGCAGUACAAUCAGAGUGAAUGUGCUGUAACAUAAUAAAUGGGUUGGGUCCAGUUCAUGAGGGCAAAUCAUCAUAAACAGCUCAGCGUUGUAACCCUUUUACAACAACAUGGGAACAGUGUACUGUAGUGUAAUAUUUCACGGCAGAGUUUCUCCCGGAGUUUGUUGUUUUGAACACUGUUUGCUGUCAGAGCCCCUCAAAAGUAACAGCAGCAAUGACCUUUAUUCUGCAAAUUAAGCUGUUUUUGCUCCAUGCUGACUGAUAGAUCUUAUUAUUUCAGCAAAAGUGCACUGAGCAUCGAGCAAAUACCCCGGAGCCAGAGCUACUAUAUUAACGGAAGUUAAUGAAAUAUACGGAGGCAGGACCUGGACUUUGUUUUACUGCUGAAAGCUGUGGCAUUUACAUUUUACCCGUAUGUGGAGAGAGAAUAAAAACAAUAGCAGCAGCAUGAACCCACCUCUUAUCUCCUACUUGUGUAUGUAAACAUAUUUAUUCUGCACCCUAUACUGAGUUGUUUUACUGCAAAUGCACACACAAGCUUGUUCAACUUUCUUUUUAUUUUUUCUUUUGUAGUGCACUUUCUCUUCUCGUCAGUCUACAUUUUGGAGUCAAACCAUGGCCAUGCAUGUUUUGCAUCACAACAAAGUGCAAAGUGAUGCUAAAUUUUUAAGGCCACAAGCUUUUGCUUCUAAAACAGCAAAGCUAGCUGGCAUUGAAAAUUAAAAAUCUGCAAUUUAGAUUCAGCUUCAAUUCUAUGUGAGCUGUCCCACAGGUCCGACAAUGUCUGCAUCUGAUUAUGCUUGCAUGCAUUUAAUUAAUAAUUCGACAAUGCGCGGCAUUGAUGUCGGUCAGCCAGCGCUCUGCAGGGGAAUAGAUUUCCUGAGCCUGAUAUCCAGCCACAGCCUCUUAGCGAGGAGCAGAAACGAUGAGCUCAGGCAGAUUUCAGAUAGAGAAGCGCCGGUGUGGAGCUGCGUUAAUCCCCCUCCCUCAGGUGUGAGUGCUCCUGGGGAGGAAACGCAGCAGACAACAGCUCCCCAUCGAUGCUCGGCCGCUUUCUGAUUAAUGCACUCAUCAGUUCUUUUCUUGUUUGUUUUAAUGACAAGCAUGUCCCCAGUGGGAAUCUGGUGACUUUUUGCAAAUACUGCUGAUGCAUCUGCUUACACCUGCCACUUUUUCCCCCUCCUCUCUUGUCCUGUGCAUAGACCACUGCCAAAAAGCCUCAGUCUUUUGACAUGAGCAGGCUGUCAGUUACGGUGCAGGGGACCACAUGACACAUUUCCACUGGAGAUACAGGAAACACACGAGCUGAGGAAAUGAGCAGUGAUAAGAUCUCAGCGUGUUGGGAUGUGUUGUGCUUUGUUGAUAAGGUUAUUAUUCAUCAUUAUGCCUUAGACAGCAAAAGCGCCACUCUCCAUCACAGGCAUAUACGCUCUUUAUGCAGUUUACCCGCUGCUGUACAUUUGCAAAGUUGUUCAAGCUUUUAUUACUAAUUACUGUGGAGUUUCAGAAUGAUUUAAUCACUUGUUUAGACUGUGGAGGAACCAGAAGAUGUUCAGUGAGCAUAAUAAAUUGAGGCUAGUCUUUUCUUUAUAGAACCAUGGUUGUUAAGUGGAAGUACAUGGUUCUCAGAGAAACCUGCAGAUUUCAAUAUUUAAUGUUAAUCUCAAAGCAUGAAAAAGUUGGUGGGGUAUAUUUUUGAAAUAUUAUGAAAAUUGGUUAAGAGAGGUUUAAUUCUUUUGUCGUCUCAUCCUAAGAAAAAAAAGGUGUAGAGGAUGAAUCAUCCCCUGACAAAAAGGAGGCCCUUUUUAUUGAAAGACAAUUCAUUGAGUAUUAACAAUACUCCUUUCUGUUCAACAGAGGCUAAAAUAACUAAAGUAUACCCAUCUCUCCAAGGUACAAACCUUAACCCUCUCAAAUGUUUCAAUUUAAAAAAAAAUUAUAUUCAACUUGUGUUCACAAAAGGACACUCUGUGAUGGGAAAUUUGAUUAGAAAUGAAGUUUUCUGGGUGCUUUAAGUAGUUAAAUCCUGAAUAUAAGAAGUUCAAACAAGCACCGACCCAAACCUGGGGGUGGAAAAAAAUGUGACUUUGGGCAGGGAUUCCCACUUUUCUGUCCACCACCCUAAAAUAAAUGUAUCAGAAACUGGCACCACACUUGUCCCUCAGGUGGAUAAAUGAUGGCUUAAAAGCUGAAAAUCCAACUGAUGUUUGAACAACACAAAAGACCACAACAGCUGAGCGAUCACAGUGUCAUUUUAGAGCCACUUUCUAAAGGCUAAGAAGUGAUCCUCAUGCUCAGACUACUAGAGCAGUGAUGGACUAUUUAAUAAGCAAAUGCACAGGUGAGUCUGUGUGCCUGUGAGUUUCAUACUGCUUUAAAGUCGAAGACUCUUAAUUUAUCUGGUCUGCAGAAAAUCUUCAUGUGUCACAGCGUUACCUGUGCUGUGAUAAAUUAACCUGCUGCAACCAAUGCUGUUGUUAAUCUGUUGGAAUCACCUCAGGGGUCAUGUGGCGAGGCAGAAAAGCAGAAAAUGGAUGACACAUUUCUCAUUUGCAUGGUUUUAUCUGAGAUUCAAAAUGAAGUGAAUGUGCUUUCUUUUAGAGUCGUUAAUUUUGCCUGGAAAGCAAUUGACAACCCCUCUUCAGUUUUCAAUGACUCCUCAGACCCCACUCUGUGAACCACUGACCUCGGUGUUUCACCAGUGGUUCCUUCAUGUCCGAGCAAACUGAUGGUGAUUAUUAUUCGCCCCUCAUAUUGCACAGUAAUUCAGCAACAUGAUCAAUGAGGGUUGAUCAUCGCUCUGACAAACGCAGACAGAGGAAGAGUUGUGGUAGUGCCACAUUUGGCUGCCUUGAUGUGAUUGAUGAUUAAAGUGGACAAAUGAUUCAGUGUGCUCAACUGUCCAUUAACGUUCUGAUGCCUAUUAGAGUGAUACCUCGCCUCUGGCUCCCUUCACAGAACGGCUGCAUCCUAGUAUUUCCUCACAGUCUGCUCCUGUGUGUGUGCGUGAGUACUUGAGAGUUUCUACAAUCUCAGUGCAGCUGAUUUGUGUAGAAGUGAAAUUAGAUACAGACACGGAGCUGCUUUUUUUUUUUUUUUUGCAUACACUGCUGCACGGAUACCUGACAUAUAAAGUAUUACUGCCACAUCUCUACCACAUGCCGUGCUCCUCCUGUUUAAUAAACGUUGUAGAUGCAUCUCAGCCUGUCCGAUCAGUUCCAGCCAGCAAACCCUGGCCUGUUUCCAGUGUCUAUAGUGAUGGAUCUUUGUGCUAUCAGUGAGGCGCUUUGAGCCCUAUAACAUAAAGCCCUGCGCUUAUUCAGCACACGGGUACCUUGCUUGUGAUCAAUGGCCAGCAGUCAGGACAGUGAAUGGAGCACAGAUUGAACCACAUCUGGGAUUUGGAUGCUGAAUAACUGCCCACUCAACAGGGGCGACUCAUGAAUAAUACACACGACCAUGCCGAGUGUCCCAUCUCGUUUGGCCCUUCACAGGCGAUGCUUUUCUCUCUCAGACCUGUCCAGAGAGCACAGGGUCGGGGCACUUGGCACCCCCAGUAGCCACAGCAGCAUCAGGCAGUCCUUCCUGCCGCUGCUGCUGCUGCCAUAAAGGGAGUGAGGAGAAUAACAGACACUGAAAGGGAAGCUUGUGGAUCUGUGAGGAUAAACUGACAGCAAUCACUGAUCGUAUACGACUCUAGGAGUCUUUUUACAUACAGUACAAGACUGUCAGUAGUUUUGCUGCAAAUUUAAAUGCAAAAUUCUCACAUCGGGUUGCAUUAUGAAAUUUGUAUUCUUGUGGUAUGACUGAAUUAUGUACACUACAAAGAAACAUAUUGCAUCAGCUUUAAGAAAAAGCCUUAAGUGUUCAGUUAGCUGCAGUUUCUUACGAUCACAUAAUGAUCGUUUAUAACACACACUCCGCAAAUGUCUGAAUUCAUAACAAUAAAUACAGGAUGUUUUCUGCAGUGAUUUCUCAUUCAGUAUACAUAGAUUUUCUGGCAGUCUGGAUAUAUACCUGCACUUAGGUAAAGGUAGAGCUUGCUGUCAGCUACCUCAGUUUAGUUGUCGCCAAUUUAGUGGUAAAAAACACAUUUUCUGAUGUAUUUGGGAUUCUGCACAUGAAGCAAACACAUAUUGUGCAAAGCAUAAAAGAACCAAAGAUGGACUCUAUAAUAUUGUCACUAUUGAACAAUGUUAUCACAGGUGUAAUCACAUAUUUUUCCCCAUAUCAUGCUGGUUUUAGAAAACUGUUUUGUGCUCUCUUUCUUCAGCUCCUCUCCUCUGUAUUGUAAUGAUUUGAAUCUAAUUUCUUAUACCCUUCGGAAAGAUUUAUGCAUUUUGGGGAAGAUUAUAGUCCAGUCAGUGAUGAAAACAGACACCUUCCUCGUUUAUUCAUAAAGGAGGCUGAACAGAGCCACUAGCCCUUCCCUCUUUUGUACUUUUUUAAUGCAUUCAGUCUAAGUAGACGUAUUUCACUCGAGUGGAUUCAAGGACAUUUAAAAGGUUGUGGUGGCAAAAAAAUUGGACAUACAUCUUUAAUGCAAAUCCAGCUGAUGGGAGCUCUCCUUUCUUUAAAAUUGAGAUCACCUGGUUGCAGCAUGGCCCGGUUUAAAAUGCUGCAGGAGCAUUUUCCUCAGAUUUAAUAAUCAUGAUGAGAAGUCAUUCCUCUUCUAGUCAUUGACUAGACUCCAACCAGAAGGUUAAUGCGAAACACCAGCAGUGGGAGGGGACCAUUGAUCUGGAGAGGGAGGUGGGAGGUGUAGCUCUAGUUAAAAAACUCAAAGUUUCCACCUUCAUUCUAAUUAGUUAAAUAAGUUUUCACUUGUACACUGAUUGUCCUUGAUGUCCCACACUGCUUUGUUUCUCUCCAAAUGAGCACUGGCGUUUAUUCUCACUGUUUGAUGGUUGAUUCAUGGUUGAAUGGUGCUUCAGUGGAUUUACUGAGUAGUGACUGUAAGUAUAAUCAUGACUUUUUAUUCGUUUACCCACUAAAAGCUACUUUAUUUUCCAACUCAACUACUUCUAGUUUUUGUACUCUACAUUUAUCUGAAAACACUGAAAAUCAGUGGUGGUUAAAUUGGUGGUUCUAACUUUCUAUGACUGAACUUAAAUAUCUGUUUAAUACUAAUAGAUUGGGCUGGGCCAUAUUGGAAAAGGUUUAUCACAAUAUAUUUUUUUCACAUCAGUUGAUAUCGAUAUAUAUCAUGAUACAAAAAAAAUCACUUGUCAAUCUUAAAUGUUCCCUGUGACUCUUGAAUGAAAUUUAAAGAUAACAGAAGGUUCAUUUUUUUAAGUAUUUAUUUUCUGUCAAAGUUGAACAUGACAUUAUAUAACACAAAACUGUUUCAAACAGAUACAAAACUCCUAAUAAAUUUGAAAACGAAAAUCUUAAAGCUUAGGAGAGGAUGCAACAGAAACAAAAUGGACGUAACUUUGUGAUGUCAGAUAAUAAAUGAAAAUCCCCAUUUCAUUGGCUAUUCGUAUAGUCUACCAAAACACUGCAGAAUGCUGGCUAUCGAAAAUCAUAUUGACCAUGUUUCAUAUCGAUAUUGAGGGAAAUUAAUUUUUAAGAAAUAUCAUUGUUUUAUUGCCCAGUCCUACUUAUAGCUAAAUAUGUCCAAUGAAAGAGCGUUUUAAAAGUCUGAACAGGGAUUUGUUCAAGCAGAAGUUUUCACUCUAACUCCUUAUAUGGUGAUACUGUGUAUUAAUCAGGAGGCAAGAUUACAAGUCCAGGACUUUUCCAAUAACACCUCUGAACUUGUAGUAAAGAACGGUUUUGGAUACAGGACUUUCCCAUUAUUAUUAUUAUUACUUUUAUUGAGAUGAAAUGAGCCUCUAAUUAUCUAAUCUGUCGGAACAAUGUCAAGUUUAGAUGUCUCUCAGAAACUAAACUCACCUUCUUGUGAGAUCUCAGCGCAUUGUCUGCACAGAAAGCAAGGUGCAUCCAGGCAAAGUGGCUUUUCUCAUCCUCGCACCCCCCCCCCCCCCCCCCCCCCGUCUACUUCACACACCGCUUACCCUGCGACAUUUGGGACGAGUUUCUCACUGCUUGGCUUCUCACAUCUUGGACACUGACACAAAAUAAAUGAAGACACAAAGAAGACACAAGGUUCAGAGUUGGAAGGGGUUGGUGGCUGAGGUGUGAAACUAUUGGGCUGUAAAAUUGCCCUGGCAGCCGUGCUGUUGUUUCAGCAUUUCAUGGAGAGCUGCUCUGCUAGCGUCCCAAUACUCCCCUGUUCGGUGCCUUCUUCCCUCCACCUUUUUUUCCAUUUGUUUUUCUGUCCGCAGCAGGCCUAUGCUGAGUUUGGCCUUCUCUGUUUCUUUAUAAAAUACUGUAAUGGCCAUCUUAUCUGCUUGGUAUGCAUGCCUAUGUGCUCCCUUGACUAGAGAAGCAGAGUAACAGAGUAUUUGAGUUUUGUCCUCUUGGUGGGGGAGAGCAGAAGGUUCUACGGGCUAAUAUUCACACAUUAAUCUGUCCGAAGAAGUCCAACUGUUCUCCAGCAGUUCUCAUUACUCGCAAUCAGUCACAGGGUGGUUAAUUGUCUGUGUGGGGAAGGAGCGAGGAGGAGCCUGAGUGGAGCUUCCUCCUGGAGGCAGCAGGAGGCCGGAGCGGGCCGAGCAGAGAGGACAGACGUAGCGCAAAGGGCAUCACAACAAAUUUGGCCGUCAUUGCGAUGCCUGGGGUUUGUUAUUAGAGGCAUGUGGUGAAACAUAGUCACUAUUCUAAGCAGCAGGCAGAGCUAUGUGACAUCAGGAGCAUUGUUAUUUGAGUUCAUUAAGUGCUGUUGUUUCACUAAUUAGUUUUUCUCGCAGAAGUAUGGGCCUACAGCUGAUAAUUGGUGACAUGUUUAAGACUGAAGAUCCUGUCACGUCGAUAAGAACCCAAAUACAAUUAGUUUCACAAAAAGGGAUAAUGUUUGGCACAUAGAAAACCUCAUAACAAAACCAGGGCAGAGAAGCUGUAUGCCCUUUUCUAUUAUCUAUAUUUGAUGAUUAUGUUUACUCACAUUAGUUUUAAAUUUCCUGCUCUUUCUUUGAAGAACUUGUGAACAGAUGGCUCGGCCAGCCCCGCUGCUCUCCUCCCUUGUGUCUGAUUCUACAUUCAUAAAGCUAAUGUUAGACUAGAUUAGUUCCUCUGAUGUCCAUGAAGCAGUUUCUUAUUAUUGCCUGUGGUUGCGAGUGAGCUGCUGCCUGGGAGCACACAGGACAGCGUUUGUGUGCUCCAGCAGGCUGCAGAAAGUCUUUGUGCCCAGAGUGAAAGGAAUAAAAUAAGUACGAGGAGAACCCCCCCCCCCCCCUCUCAAUGGGCUGUGUCUGGUGUUGGCCUGCCCCGCGGUAAGGCAAGGUUAUUCAGAUGAAAGAUGGUGUUGAGAUUAGUGAGCCCUGCCCAAACGCGUGGACGUCCAGCAUGCCGCACUGCGUGAUUUAUGGGAGUCGUGAUAUCAGUGGUCGCCACAUGAAUAAACCAUGUGGCCAGAAUUAAGCUCCUGUUAAACGACGCACAGCAUCUUUUUUUUCCCCAGGUGCCUUAAACUCCGAGUGGAAAUCACAGUCAAGAAAGUUGUGUUGUUGCUCUUUCAUGUGAGGACCGAUGCCCAGCUGGAGAGGCACCAGCUUUGAAUCUCUGCAGAUUUCUUAAAUGCUGAUCACUCCCACAGCUUUUCCCAUGCGUCAGCUGAGGGUCAGAAGUUCAUUUAUAGUGAGAGAGUGGGGAGUGGAAACACAAAACUCUUGAUGCAACACCAAAUUCAUUGCAACCAAGUUGAAAAGGUUAUGAAGAACUAAAUUAUGAAUUUCCAUCCUAUAUUUUAUUCAAUAAGUUAAUCGCUUGUUAGGAUCUUUUUGUGUGUUUAAGUGUCCCUCUUUUAAGAAUACAUAGAAGAACUGCAGAAAAUGAGUGUUUCCUUCAUCUGAUUCUGCUCAGUAUUUUCUUAAUUUGUCACUUGGUCUGUAAAAUGUCUGAAAAUCAUUUCCCAAACUCACACUGAGGACUUUAUAGUUCCUGUUUCAUCUGAUCAACAGUAUCAAACUCAAACUAUUUGUAUGACUUUUUGUAUAAAACGCAGAUAGGCUAAAAGUCUUCAUUACUGACAAACGAAUUUUGAAACAUUUUGUACAAGAAAAAAAAAAACAAUGUCACUCCACACAGUUUUUGUCAUUGCUUUUCAUCUGAAAUUCACCUUAUUUCUUGUCAGCGUUGUAACCAAGUUUCAUUAAGGGAAGAGCACAACUGCGAUAAUUAGAUUUAUCGCUUGAAAUAAUAUGAGUGAAUAUGAUCCGUGUUUUAAAAGAAUAUAUAAGAAGAAACUCAAUAUAUUUUGUAGAGCUGUGGUAGUUGGAUUCAUCAAUACUUCUGGGACACUAGGCUGCAUGCAUAAGAAUGUCCUGAAUGCCAAUAGAUAAAAUAUUGCGACCGGAUCUCCUUGUCCUCUCCAGUCUGCUUGAAAAAUCAUAAGUAAAAGCCCCAGGGUGAAAGAAGGAUGGCAUAUUUCUUCCAUUCUUUCAUAAAAUGAUAUGAACUCACUCAGUCCUUUGUCCUCAGAAAUGAAUUGAUCCUCUAAUGUCCAUAACCAUAACUAAGCACUGUUAGAGCUCCAGUGUCCGGUCUGAGAUUGAGAGAUUGUAAAGUUAAUCCUCAGCCGGAUCAUCUCAAGCUGCCAUCUCGAAUUAUCCAGGUGUAAUAAAAAGUGAAGUACCCAGAAGUGCUUUUUUUACUGAGAUCAGGUGUAAGACAUUGCUGCCUCGGCUGCACUUCAUGCUGUCAGCAUUACUGACAUUCCCAUAAAUGCGGCGACAAACACCCUCUCGGGCUUUAUGAGUUUAAUACACUUGGUGCCAAUUCAUGUGUUUGGGGCCCUUAAAGUGAUGUGUAGACAAGAGUACAACAAGAAAUCAACAGGAAGAAUCAACUUCUACAUUUCACCGUGUCGACAAACAACUCCUUAUUAGAUUGUUGACAGAACUAAGAUUUAUAGUCGAGAUGCGCAAUAUAAAGUUUUUUGAGGAGACAUUGACGUUUGAUAAUUACUUGGUCCUGAUGUCUAAUGCCGAUUCAAUUACUGUUUGUAAUUAAAAAAUGAGAACGUGAUGUGUUGUAGGGCUGGGCGAUAUGGCCUCAAAUCAAUAUCACAAUAUAUUGAGCAGUUCACCUCGAUAACGAUAAAUGGAUGAUAACUACUCCACAAGCUGUUCACCCCCUCCCACGUUAACGUUGUCUACUUCAGCUGCUACAACUUUUGAACCGUCCUCCAUCUCUUCACUUGUCUUUCCCUCUUUGUUAUGGACUGGAUGGAGUGGAGUCACAUCUCUGAUGUAGGACAGCGUAUUAAAGGGACAUGAGACCAUAGCCUACCUACACACAUCCAAAAACAACUUUUAUUUUAAAUUUUUUUUGACACUGAAUUUAGUGAUACGGGCAAAACGAAGUUUGUUAUUGUUGUGAAUUUCGGUAUGGGUAAAUUUGUGGUUUAUCACACAGCCCUAAUGUGUAGUUUAUGUAACCCUGGCAACAGUAAGAAAGGCCAAGGUAUAGUGUGCAAAGAUACAUUUCUAUAUUACUUCUCUAUUCUUACCAGUUCUAACUUUAAUCCUUUUGUAAAAAAGAGACCAACAAACCUCAUUUUUACCUUUCAUUGUGUUAGUCUGGAACACUUAUAGCUUUAUGUUACUUCCUGUUCAAAAAAACUCCUUAAUUAACCUCAUACUGGCAUCUGUGAAAACCGAUAUUUCAGCAUCAUUCAGCCUCUGCUUGAGGAGCUUUCUCUUGACUACCUUUCCAGUCAUAAUCACAGCGUGUGGGUGUUACUUUUCACACAGUUCUUCUGCAGCCAAAAAAUACACAAAAGUAAAGCUUUUGGAAUAAACUUAAGCUUGCUGGUAGCUCACCGGAGCUAUUAGAAGUUAGCUAUUGUUACAGUAGCUGCUGUAACAAUGGUACUGAUAGCUUGUGGGUCUGAGUCUGAAUUAUAGGUUUUCACGGAUGAACAGACUCAAUAUUCAGUUACAGUUGAGAUAAAAUUGUUUACAAAGGAGUUAUUAGAGAAGUUGCAAGCACAAAUAGCUGUCUAGAAAACAUCAAAACUUCCCCCCUGUUCUCUGGUGUCUUUGUCUUUGGGAAGAAAAUAAUAGCUUUGACUUUCCUUCACACCCAAAAGAACUUUUGAGAGCAAUAUUCAGUGGCGUAUUGAAUCAAAGCAGAGUGAAAGGCUGAGUGAUGAAACAGACUUCCUAGCUUGUCCUUGACAGAGCUGCUUGGUGAGCUUAUUUAGCAUUGACCGCAUAAAAUGACUCAACUUGACACUGACUUGUGGCCAUGUGUUAACAAGCUGUUAAGAGAGGCUGCAGAGGUUAAGUAUGGACGUCCAGCAUUGGGACAUUGUAUGUAUAUAGGUUUAUAACAACAGCAUGAUGGUUAUGUCAACAAAGUUCAUAAAAAAUACUUACCAACACCAUACUUUGGCUGUUAUAAACCAUUUUGGCCAAGAAUAAGGGAUCAAUACUUUGACCAACUGUCAAACAGACACUUCAACAAAUAAAAAGCAGGUAGUUUUCAAAAGUGCAUCCCUCAGUACAAGAUGAAAGCCGUGUCAGAGUCUUCAUCCAGCCUUGAAACUAAGCAUACCUACUGGACCUGCGAAAGAAGUUCAUGUGUCUGUGGUAAAACUGAAAGUGCAGACAUUGCUGUCAAUCAAACUUGUGAAUGUGUAGAGAUAACAUCAAACAGAGCAGGUGAGAAAAUGUCUGCUAAGGAGAAGUGGAGACUACCUGGGCUCUCAAUAAACCAUAAAGACGCAGAAACCCAUGCUCUUCCAUCAUGGCAGGAGGUUGGCUAUCAGGGGCUAUAACUUUGGCGAUUUUGUCCUGACAGUUCACCUGCUUGAUUUUGGGUCGCUAUAUCUUUGCUAGAGUGUUCAGGUUGCUAUUACAAUGAUAUGAAAGUUAUACCUGUAAAACUAUACAGAUGUUAGCUAGGUCUGGGGUGUCCAGCCCUCUUUUUGAAUCAAGAUCUGCUUUCAAAGUGAACAGUCUUAAGAAGAGCAUGGACACACACACACAGUUGCCAGUCUGUUUGGGCACCACUGGCAUUACAAUAGCCCACCACUGUACUUAAUUUAGACACAAAUUCUACAAUUUGGAAAAGUCAAAAUAAAUGUGUUUUAGUAGGACUGCUGUGAUUCCCCAAGCGCUUAUUUCACAACUUCAUCAUCUUUGAAAGACUUAUUGUGUUUAGCAAGAAUAUGACCAACGUGAUUAGACACAAUCACAAUAUCCUUGAUGUUUUGCCCAUACACUGUAUGAAUAGGUGAAUGUUUAGCAUCUGUGACAUCACCAGUGUUUCUGAAGUCUCCAUACUGGUAAUGCUGACUCAACCCGACUUCCGGCGGCGGCGGGUUUUGGCCUCCCUAUAAACAGCAUCAGUCUGCCGCCUAUAAUUCAAGACAGCCGUGCCUCUGAUUCGCAGAUCUUGUAACCUUAUUAUCUUCGAAAUGAAUGUGUUACAAAAGAAUUCACUCCAUGUGCAGUGGGUGCUGUAGGAGCCCUGAGCUAUUCAGACAAAACCUGUUUUUGUGAACCAGGCUGUGCUGUGGAGAUAAUUGACACUCCAGAGCGGCUGGUUGGUGUGACUUUGGCGUACUCAGCCAACUUGCCCCUAGGCUCCUAGAGCAGAGUUUACUACUCGUUUUUUUAAUCAUUUAAGACCUUAUCUUACAUACUUUUUGCUUUUUCUGGUCAUUCAAGCGCAGUUGAUGGUUUACAACUCUUUUUCUGUGGUGUGAAAAUCUUACAACACGUGUUUUUCUCAACUAUACGCAGACUUUAAACUUGAUAAAAAUAAGUUACCCACUAUUCUAUAUGUUAAAUGUUCCCAUUCUGAGUGAUCUAUAUAAACUGAUAUUUUCUGGUAUCAUAGCCAGUGGGCUUAGGGAAACUUAAUAUUAAGAAAAAAUAAAAAAUGAAAUAAAUUUAUGCACUAGUAGGGCUGGGCGAUAUGGCCUCAAAUCAAUAUCCCGAUAUAUUGAGCCGUUCACCUCGAUAACGAUAAAUGGACGAUAACUACUCUACAAGCUGCUCACCCCCUCCCAUAUUAACUCUGUCUACUUCAGCCGCUACAACUUUUGAAGCGUCCUCCAUCUCCUCACCUGUCUUUCCCUCUUUGUUAUGGACUGAAUGGGGUGGAGUCAUGUCUCCGAUGUAGGACAGCGUCUCAAAGGGACAUGAGACCAUAGCUUAUGUACACACGUCCAAAACCAACUUUUAUUAAUUUUUUUGACACAGAAUAUAUGGACAUGGGCAAAAUGACGUUGGUUAUUGUUGUAAAUUUUGGUAUCUGUGAAAUUUCGGUUUAUCGCCCAGCCCUAUUCACUAGAAUGAAAACUGGUUCAUCAUUUAUAUAGUCAGAAAACUGGGAGAGCAUAAAUUCGACUGUUUUCAUUUUCUUGGUUACCUUUAAAUUCUACCUAAGAGAGAACUUUUUAUUACUUACCUGAGUUGAAAGCAGCCUGAAUUACGACUACAGAUGUUUCUAAAUCUAGUUUUAGUGAGUGUUGGCAACAGGAUUUACUUUUGAACAGUUUCCUUGCUCAGUGUCCCCCAACAUGUCUUCGUUCCCUCCUCCUGGCCUGUAGCACAUCAAGCUCUCAGGUAUGUGGCUGAAAACCAGGGGACGCGGUGUCUUUGAUGCACCACACCAUGGCCUCUCUAAUGAGGCCUGACUCUUAAUGACUCUCAGCCAGCAGCAGCAGACAGCCACGGCCAGCAGUGGGGCUUAUCUCAUUGGCACUCUGCGCUGCCCGGUUACACCUGUAACCUUUAGAUCACUCCAAAUUAGGCUGCUCCGGGAAUCCUUCAGUAGUGAUUACAAAACAGAUCAAGUGGCCAGAAGAAUUCUCAUAAAAAUUGUAUGUGAGGUCUCUGCUUGAAUUCAGAAAAGGGGGUAAUAGGCUGAUUGUGCAAAUGCAUGUUGCACACACGAGCCCACAUCAUGCAUUCUCUCUGCUGCUUCACAUGAAAUUGCAAUAGCAAGCUGUGUUUCUGUUGACUGGUUUCCAUUAUGCAGAUGUAAAUUAACACACGCCAGACCCAACUGAGCAUUGUGAUAAACGAGCACAUAGUUCACUGAGAUGAGCCUGGGAGGCAGCUGGGAUCUAUAGAUGGGAGGUGAGCUCCUGACUUGUGCCAGUCAGUCAUGCCUGCUGAGCAUCAUUCAUGGCCGAUUGCAGGUGCUGGUCAGCCAGGGGACAGGGUGCUUAAUUGCAUCGCACUUUAAUAAGUCACACACUGAAGGCACAUGGCUUUAAUCAUGCAGAUGUCUCUGCUGAUGGCCUGUAUUCGGGACACGGGUGUCUUUGACUCUGUAAUUCUCAUGUCUCCAUCAGACACCUGAGAUUCACUUUAAUACAUUCAAGAUUCAGAACUCCUUAUCCUCACACGCACAUACACACACCUUCAGACUAAACCCUUCGCCUCGUCCUUUGCUCUUCUGUCUCUAUCAAUAGUCCAGAAGUUAUUGCUAUUUCAGCAGUUUGUCAGCAGGAUUGGAUCGCAGUGAUUGAGGGAGUUACCACAGCCUCAGAAUUCAAGGUGGUGAGGAACAAAGAUGAAUUAAUUUCAAGGGAAAACCCACCGAAGAACAUUUUGUUUCAGUGUAAGUGAAGAUGUUUGAAGUCAAAACUGAAACAAACUGCUUUUGUCGGCCACAGCAAAUAAAAGGAAGGAGGUGUUCAGGAGAGACCAGAGUGAUAAGCUUCAUAUUGAUCCUGCUUGUGAGCUUUAUGCAGCGCUCUUUGUUCACACUUUCUGUAUGCAGAAUAGACACUGAGCAGGAGGUCUCAGCAACCCGCUGAACCAUCAUGAAGAGUGGAUUACAGUUUGUCUUCUUUGAAGCACUCAAAUGUUAAACUUCAUGUUACUAAAGGACAUAGCAGUGAUCUGUUCAGGCAUGAAAAUAUAUCAGACUUUUUUUUGUCCUUGACAUUCAGCGCUGUUUCACUGACACGUGCUACACAGCACACAAAUACAGAUGAGGAGCUAGACGGUAACCAGACCUGCAGAGGAAGAGUCGCAACUUAAUCUUUAUGUGAUGACUCGGGCUGGGACGAUAUGCUUUUCUCCCAGUUCGAUUCUUCUACGAUUCUUUUGGAUGUUGAUUCGAUUUAAAUUGCGAAUCUAUGAUAUUGUUGAUUUUCUCGAUUUUUAGUCUGCAUUUUUAACACCAGUGGAAUAGUUGAAUGAUUAUGAUUGUCUACUGACUAUUGCAGGAACCUUAUUCCCCCCCCAAAAAAAAAUCACAUGUAAGUCAGUUUUUAAGAUUUAUUCUUAAAGGAAUAUUUCGGUGUAAAAUUAAUUCAGGUUCAAACGCACCGUAACACCGAGUUAGACACCCCUUUGAGAAAUGAAUGUGCCGACCGCUUGCUUCUCUAGUUAUACCAUCUUUAGUAACGGCCGCACAAUAGCAAUACACAGCGGUCCGAUGAGCCAUAAACAAACCUCAACCAAAACGCCACUCUAUAGCCACAAAUAAUGCUCAGAACAGCACCUAACUUCAUCAACAGUACAUAUAGAGUCCCAGCCACAGCACUAGCCACCAAACAUCUUUUUAACUUGGCCUGAUUUCUUUAGCAAAGAGACUAAACACAACUCACCUACUCUCUUCCAGCAGCCGGUUGUUUGUAGCGAGACCUCCGGCCAGUACAUUAUGUACUGCUGCGGGGUGACGCAGCUCAAGGAAGAAAAUUUAUGAUCAUUUCUUUAUCAUUUCCUUGAAGUAAUAAUCACCAUAUUAAUCAUUUUGCACUGCAGACGCGGUAGUUCUUCUGCCUUAGCGUCUCGGUCUGAUUGCAUUUCCAUGAAGAAAUGAUGUGUUUGACCCUAAAUUAAUUUUAUGCCGGAAUAUCCCUUUAAUUUCAGAUCAAAUCAGAAUUUUCUCGAUUCCGUUCUAAUUUUUUGUUCAUAGAUUUUAGUUCAGGAUUCAACACUAUCAUCCCACAACAGCUCAUCAUCAAACUGGACUAGUAUAAGACUCGAUACCUGACUGUGCAACUGGUCGCUAGACUUCCCCAGUGAGAGGCCACAAGCAGUGCGGGUCAGCAAUAACACCUCAAGCACCAUCACACUGAGAACAGGAGCCCCGCAGGGAUGCGUUCUUAGUCCCCUGCUCUUCACCUUGCUGACCCACGACUGCACACCAACAUUCAACACCAACCACAUAGUGAAGUUUGCAGACAAUACUACUCUGUGGUGGGUCUCAUCUCCAACAACGGCGAGACAAACUACAAGAGGUCAGCCAUCCGUCUAUGUGGUGCAGAAGUAACAAUCUCCUUUAAACGUGGACAAGACAAAGGAGAUUGUUCUGGACUGCAGAAGAGACCACACCAAACACCUCCCACUGACCAUUAAUGGUGCUGAUGUGGAGAGAGUGUGCAGCACCAAAUAUUUGGGUGUGCACAUCAGUGAGGACCUUUCCUGGACAGCCAACUGCACAUCACUGGAGAGGAAAGCCCAGCGGUGCCUCUGUUUCCUCCAAAGACUGAAGAGGGUGAGAACCCACCCACCAACAUGUUCACCUUUUACCCAGGCUCCAUUUAGAGCAUCCUGACCAGCUGUUUGUGUUGUUUAGAAGCUGCAUAAAACAAAACAAGAAAACACUGUAGUGCAUCGUGAACACAGCAGGGAAGAUAAUUGGUGUCUUACUUUUCUCCCUCCUGAACAUUUUCAACACCCGCCUCACCCGCAGAGCAGUCGGCAUUGUGAGGGACUCAAGCCACCCCUUGCACAGCCCGUUUAGCCUCCUGGCUUUCCCGGAGAAGGUACCCGAGCCUCCAGGCCUGCUCCACCACACUCAUGAACAGCUUCACCCACCAGGCUUCCAGAAAGCUGAACUCUCUCCCCUACCUGCCACCUCCCUACUGGAAACACUGGACUCUGAAUGCCCUAUAAACCCUUACCCUUACCCUUACCCUUACAUAGUAUUGGCACUAUAAAGAGAAAUCUUCUGCGGCUGCAGAAUCACCUGGUUCUGUAUUUUGCACUGCAUAAUCUCUUUUUGCACUAUAACUCCACUGUUGCAUGUAUGCUUACUGUUUACAUGCCCUUUACAUCAAAGAAAUACCGCACAUUCAUCCACUAUCUGCCCUUUAAGGUCAUGAGUAAAUUAUAUACAGCACAAUCAUUUUUCUGGUCUUUAGGUUUGCAUGUGUAUGUAUAGGGUGUGUGUGUGUGUGUGUGUGUGUGUGUGUGUGUGUGUGUACAGGAGCGAAGAUAUAGAGAAAGUAGGCACAAGGGUAGAUGCAGACGCAUAAACCACUCUCCUACUGUAUUAUACUCUUCUCUGUUGUACUUUUUUGUGUAUUUUUUAAUUGCUCUCUGUAUUUUUGCACCGUGGGCUGCAGAGAAACAUCUUUGUCGAUCCCUGUGUAAUACUCUCAUACUGCAGUAAUUGUCAAUAAAUAGCUUGAAACUUGAAACUAACUGCUCUCUUUAGCUGUUUUGAGACCAACUUUUUAAAAUAAAUAUAUUUAUAAAAAAAUUGACUGUAACUCUUGAAAGGUGAACAAAUUAACAGGAUACAGUAUAGACCAGCUUUAGUCACUUUUCAAAAAUAUAACCUCCCUUUUACUCUUUCGGACAGAGUGAAGAAAUUGAAAGGUUCUGGCAUCUUUAUUAGUAUCUGAACCUGUCCAGCAAAAAAAGAGAAGAAUUAUUCCCAACAAUGAAGGCAUCCUGACGAAGACGUGAAAUUGCAUACUCAAUUAAAGCUGCUGUGAGGAGCUUUUGGUUUGUGUUGAUAUUGGUGCCCCCUGUGUGACACCAUUUGUCCUGGACAUGCGAUAAAUUCAGACAGAAAUCUUAUCCUGUUGUCUUCUUAGAGUGAAAAAUAUCACUCACUGGGAUUAUCCAACAUGAAAAGGUCAAAACAGGCUGUUUUAUCAGCCUGCUGCCAAUCAUCUGGUCUGACUCCUCCCCUCUUGUAGCUGUUUUAAGCAUUAGAAAUUACGGCAGUGAAAUCACCGGCCUCUCUGCCUUUAAUCUCAUGUACUUUCAAAGGUCAUGAGGAGACAUCAGUAGAAGUUUUAGUCUGUUCCUUAACAAGUUAAAAACUCAGAAUGCCUUUAAUGUAUAAAGCAAAAUAUACACCUAACACAACAAAGACACUCAAACAGCGUGAUAAUAACGGAAACAACAUGAAAACUCUAAAACAAGACAAGACAGUGAAUCAUGCAAUAAGAUUGACCGAUAACAUCAAAACAAAAAUAUUGAUUUCAUGUAACAAUGACAGAAACACUGAACAAUAACUAUAAAACAACAUGUGAUAAAGACACCUUAUAAACAGAUACACUUGACCACACAUACAGCACUAUGUAUCAGCUGCAGGUAGAUUGAUAUUGGUUUUUCAGGGCCUAUAUCAAUACCUGUUAUUUGUUCACAAGGUCAAUAAAAUAUUUGGACUAGAUUUAUUUGAACAUAAAAAUGAGGACCUGAAUGUCAAAACUUAAAAUUGAAACAUAAAAAAAGUAAAACCUUCAACUCAAAAUUUGGUUUUGAUACCUUAGAAGACUUUUUCAUCAACAUCAACCUUCAACAUCUUAUUCAGGGGUAAACUGUGAACUAGUGACACCUUACUGUAAAUUUAAGGCAUCUGGUCAAUCAGAGGAAGACAUGCCAGCUCUUUUGAAUAAAUUGAUGUACAAUACAACACUGCUGAUCAGCCGAAUAUCUGCCUUUAUAAUCACCCAAGGCUGAUAACUAGUCUACUCUCAGUAACGACAAGAAAUAACAACGACAGGACAUAGAAAGAAACUUUGAGUAAAUGCACCAAACAUUUUGCUUUAUUGAUAUGUAAACAACAAAUAUGUAAAUAAAGCACAUUAUAUCAGAUUUUGAAUUGCUCUCUCUUUUACUCAGAACUAAAACACCUAUCUGGUCCCAUAUCGAGGUAUUUUUCUGUUUUUGCUGGUUGAUUGCUGUACACUGUAAAAUACCUAUUAAAAUUAAAAACUAAUCACAUUGUGGUUAGACCUUUAUUAUUAUAUAUACAUAUAUUAAACAUGUAUCCAUUCAGUGCUUUUGUUUUGGAGUGCAAUAAACAUAAUGAGAAACUCCCCGGGCAUUUGCUGCACUGUCCACCCUGACGAACCCUGACCAACAGUUUACAUGCAAAAGAAAAAGUGUUGAAUAAUUUAUUCAGUUGAGAACAAAAGCAGCCGUAUUACUGUAGUGUCUUUGUGUCACAUCUCAAUUCAGAGUUCGCAGCAAAUGACGGGCAGAAGAAUCUCAAACCCGCCCUCUGACCUUUUUGAAGAGCGUGAUGGUGAAGGAGCCGACGAAAACAUCAAUGUUCUGUUCAUGUCUGCAUUAUCAUUGCAACAACCCUUAUGUAGGCUUAGUUAAUGAGUACAGAUAACGUGAGCUUGUCACAUUGUGGACAAGCCUCUUGUAGUGUUUGAAGUGUGUACAGAGUUCAUUCUGUUCGGCCCUCUUGAGUUAAUGUAGGCUUUUAUUCCCAUGAGUAACUUCAUUGCGUCCAUGGAUACCAGGUAGGAGGGAUGCUGAAAAAUGGGUUGAAAACUGUGUGGUCAGAUGCGGAGGUUGUGCAGAGUAAAUUGGCCUGUGGAGAGCAGCUUUUGUGAACUUUCCCCCUGUUGAGAUUCUUGAUCCCAUAAGAAAUGUAUGAGUUUGUAUGCACGCAUGCGUGUGAGGGAGCGAGUGUGGAAGCCUGUGUGUCUUCUGUGUGUCAUCAUAAGCUCAUUAUUUUUCUUCUCUCCCACAGAUCUGCGACUUGUCAUCACCUCUCACAGCGUGUGCGUAUGUGUGUGUUUGUGUGUAUGUGUGUGUGUGUGGGGGGGGGAGCACAGCAGCACUUCUGUCACUUUGUGCUUCCAUAUCCUUCUCAGUCUCACAGACGAAAAAACCUCAGGGACCACAGGCUGAAAGAUUAGGUGAGCUUUAGGUCAAGUGCCCCUGGCUGCUUGCUCCGGCCACAUAUUCAAGAACAUUUGAUCACUUCUUGCCCGUCUGCUUUAGGCUUACAACUGUGAACUUUAAAAAUGUGACAUGUUUGAGGAAUUUUCCCUCUUCCUGGACAGAGAAAUAACCGAGGGUGGUGGUCUAAUCACUGGAGCUGUAAAAGCUUUCAGGUCAAUCAAGUAGAGUCCCCGUAGUAUAUAACAGGAUUGUGCCAGAGAGGCCUGAAUAUGAAAGCAGGCUUGGCCCCUAAAACAUGUGUGUGUCUUGAUUAAUCAUCCUGUUAAGGAAAUGAACAUGACUUUAACCUCUGCCUGUUCAGAUGAACUGCUACUUAGAGGAAGUGGAGGUCUGAUUGAUUUUCUUUCACAUGUGAGUGAACUACACGCUGCUAUCAAUGCGGAAGAUUAGCUGAACAUGUGAAUGCCUGUGUUAUUGGAUACAGUCACUCAGAAAUAUUGAACUCACGCCCUGUAACACACCAAAGUAUAUUCAGAACACACACAAUUCAAUGUAAACAGCAAACAUACAGUCAUGCACAGUAUGCAUCCGUUAUCUGCACAUUGAUGCAAAGACAAGCUGGAUCUAUAUAUCCAUUUUCAUGCUCUUGUUUUUUUUUUCCUUAUGAAGCCAUACGGUGUUCAGAGGUCACCAUACAUAUGAUGUAGAUAUGUAACCACUAAUGGCAUCCAGGCAUUAACCUAAGUACGAGGUGUGUUGUCUGUCAGUCAAAUGCAUGUCAUCUGUGCAUCCUGUAUCUCUGGUGUAGCUGUUUGCUAAAGGUAGGGCCUGCACAUGAGGCGAAUCAAUCACUGUCAUGCCUGUUGAUCAUAUGCGCUCUUCUUCUGCCUGUAAAUCUAAUGAAAUAUCUUGCUCGUCUAAACAAAUCUCUGUCAUUGUCACAGAGAGGUUUCAUCUUUUUAAAGGUCUGACUGAAGGAGAAAAGCAUUGAGGGUGAAUGUAUUCAAACAAAACCGUGGUUAAAAAUGUAAAAACGGUAAUUUGAAAGUUUUAGGAAACCUUCAGUUGUUUUCUCAAUAGUUGGAACGUUUGGUACCUUAACCUUGGUAAGACUGAAGCGACAACAGAGGGCAACUAGCUUUAUUUAGCAUGAAAAUGAAAACAGGGAGGAAGCACACUGAAUUAAAUCACAUCAGCUUGUAAGCUACAUGUGUUUUUAUAAAAUACAGCCUCUGAAUGAUCUGGAACACUCUUUAUCUUUUUUGUUUUGUCCCAGCGGAUUUAUAAAACACAAUGAAAAGAAUAAGUCUUUGAGCUGAGAUGGGAAAAUGGCAAGUCAGGCUCACUUUGGUUUUCUGUUCAUUGACUGUGUUUACCUGCCAUGACUGCAUGUGACACACCUUUUUUUGUUUGUUUUUGUAGGAUAUAAUGUCUUAGUACUGUAACACAAGCUGUUGCUACUCAUUUAGGCUGAGCUAACUAGACAUGAGCUAACACAGUAGACAGUGUUUAGGGGUAUUUGGUAUGCAUUCUGUCCUUUUUUUUGUCUAGAAGUAGGGCUGACUCAGCAUACCAGUUUUAAUGAAUAAAAAAGUACGUAUUCAUAUUGAUAUAAGUAGUGGUCCUUUAUGCUGAUUGCAACUCGUCCUCAAAGGAGAAGACACAAAGAAGAAGUAGCAGACUGCGAGCGAGCUAGCUGAAGCAAUUAGAAGCAAUUAGGCACUUAAAAAAAAACUGAUGUUCAAGAUUUAUUGUGAAUCCAAAACAACAUUAGAGCUUAUUUGCCUCUUGAGGUUACAAAUAAACUGAACAUUUAUUCUUUCUGGUUCUUCCUAACAGAUAAAAGAACUUGAGAUUUACAGGAAAAUUGUCGACUUUAAAAUAAAAGCGUAGUUUGACAAGGCAAAGUUAGAAAAAAUAUCAAGAUAAAAAUAAUUUUUUGAUAAAGCAAAAUCCCCUCUAAAGAGUUUUCAGUCAUAGAGCUGCUGUUGUGGUUAAUCAUAAAUUUGAACAUUGUUAAGAUGGAUGAUGAUGAUGGGGGGAUGAAGUUAUUUUUUCCUCCACCCUUAUCCUGCUGUUCCUAAGUUUGACUGAUUUUGUAGUUUUAUUUUCAAGUUCCCAUACAUAUCAUGAUAUUGUCAAUAUUUUAUAUUGACAUCUGAUAUUGUGUCAGCCCUAUCUGCAUGUAAACAAUGCAUUACUAUCACUUUUUUUCCUUGUUAAAGAAACAUAAGCUAAAUUACCUAAAGUUUAAACCUAUCCUUUAGACGGAAAUCUCGUCCUAUCUGAAAAACGACAUCUCAGGUGAUUACAUUUCUUCAGGAACCUCAUUAGAAUUUAAGUACAGAUAAGGUUUGGUCUCAAAUGGCUAAAAAGGGCAUAAACUUCAAAGCUAAAACAUGUGUCUUUUGUCCUGCUCAGAGUGAAGAAUGGGGUUAUCUGCUGCCCUACCAGCCUUUCUGCUUGUUCUUGGCUUGACCACUAAUGUAUGGAGUCUGAACCCUGAUGACCCCAACGUCUGCAGCCACUGGGAGAGGUGAGCGUUAUCUUCCUUGUGUUUACCGUAGCACAUUCAAAUUUAUACGGAGAGAAAAAUGCUCGAGUUCAGCAGCUGCAGCUCCCUGACAACAACCAUCCUGGACCCUUGAUGCACCUAUUACAAACCCACUUGAACAAAGUUCCUGAUCUAUUUUCAAAGUCCAUACAGCAGUAUUGAUCCCACACAGCUCAGGUCGCCAGGCAGCUGAGAGAUGGGAGGAGUUGCAGCUUCAAAUGAAAUACGCAGGCAAAUUGAUCAGUGUACUCUCAUCCCAAUCAAUCACGACAGCCAUAUAGCCUGAAUAAUUAUUAGUUGUGCUGGGCAGUGUCACUUAUGAGAAAUAAGCAGGAAUAAUUUCUGCCCUCAAUGCGGAGGGGAGGAAAGAAAGCUGUGAAGAUAUAUUAUCUGGAUUAUUGCCUGACCAAGGUGAAGGUACUUAGGGAUGGUGGUUCCACCUUGUUGGCAUCGAAAUGAAUUCUUUAGGUGAGCUGUGCUCAUGACUUUGAGGUCCUCCAAUAUCCUCAGACUGCCUCUGGCUGAAUAUAUCACCGCAUGAAUCACCUAAAAGCUCCUCUCUCGUCUUUUCUUUGCAUAUCUCAGUUAUUGUAUUACUUCAAUCAAAACUGUAUCCACUGACCUAACCUGUGUGCAGCUUUUGUCAUAUUUCCUCUCUCUGUAAAUUUUAUGUUCUCAGUAAGGACCCUACUGUAUUCACAUCCUUGUUAUAUCAAAUUAUUGGUGCAAAAGAAGCAAAAGAAAGAGAGAGAGAGACGGUUCUAGUGAACAUCAGCAGAAAUAGUUCAUGUUCUUGUUAGGCAAUAUUGAUUUUUAAUACGCAGAGCAGAAUUUUAAUGUCCUGAGUGGUUUAAAUUUGUCUUUGUAACCUCUUUAUGCACAGUUAAAUAAUCGAGACCAGUGAUUUUUCAGUCACUGGGUCUCUGUGGGUAAAAGUGUUAUUUGCCCUGGCUCAAACAGGACUCAGCCCUUGACAGAGAAAGUUCAGAAAAGCUGGUUUCUUUUCAUUUGAAAUACAACUCUCUAGGAGAAGUACAUUUUCCUACCAUUUUAGGAGCUGAAUUAGAAGAAAGAAUUAAGAAGAUGCCUUUUAUCCACUUGUAGUUUUGCAUUUCUCUUUUAAAGCUAUGCUGUUACGGUCCAGGAGUCCUACGCUCACCCAUUCGACCAGAUCUAUUACACCAGAUGCACGGACAUCCUCAACUGGUUUAAAUGCACACGGCACAGGUAAGUGUAGAAGACUCUCCUUAUUUGUCUCCAUAUUUGCGUCUAAAGCAUCCUUGACUGCCCCCCAAAAUCUGAGCCAAGUCUGUGAAGGCCGCAGUAAGUGUCCUUGUUAACGUCACUGACAGUGAAGUGGUCAAAGCUGGGAUGUCUUUGACUGUAAUCAUCUCGCUGUAAAAGGUUUAAUUACCACAUUAAGGGUUUAUAGUGGGCAUCUGACUAAAUAAGUAUGCAGAGUCACCCCCUAAAUGCUGACUUUUGUGAAGUUUGUACUUUUGUUUAUCCUUGUUUUACUUUGAGACAUUGCCACUGAAGACAAAACUCUUGAAGCAGCUUACUUACGCCCUCCACAUGCAUACCAGACCUUCAGAAAGGGUCACUCCUUACCUCAUGUAGCUGUCUCUGUGUGUCUGUUUUUUUCCAGGAUCAGCUAUAAGACGGCUUACCGGCGGGGAGUGAGAACCAUGUAUAGGCGCCGCUCGCAGUGUUGCCCUGGUUACUUUGAGAGCGGGGACUUGUGUGUCCGUGAGUGUCCUUUUUUUAAAGCCCUUUGUCCUCAAUGAUGACAUUUAAGGCCAUGUCUGUUGGACGUUUAGAGAAAGGGAGGAAAUAGUACCAUUGAUCGUUACUGCGGAUGCCUUGCAGUUGCCCCCUUUCUUCUGUCGCCCCCACUCUUACCCAGCAAUACGCCAUCACCGCCUCCUCCUCAGUCAGCAUGCAGCCAUCCAUGUGGAUUUACUAAGUUUCAGAUGAUUGAGCAUGAUUUAACAAGAAGGCACAGUAUUUUACACAGCGCACAGCUCCGGUAGCCAGAGUAAUUUAAUUGAAGUUGUAUAACAAUGAGAAAAAUUAACGAGCCAAGAGGGUCCAGGUUACAGACUGAGUAGGUAUAGUACCCGCCAUAAAACCACAGUGGAGUUCAAUAACAUAAAAAGAGCCGAAGCCUUGAAAAUUAGACUGUAGCAAUAUGCUGAUAACAAUCCCUCACUGUCAUUUUCACAGCUUCAUUAGAGGGCAUUGGCUUCUAUUUUCAUUCCUGCACAUCAAACCGAAUAUUUCUGCAUGUUGGCCAAAUAAAGACAGAACAUAUAGCUUCUGAGAGUUUAGUUUUUGAUAUCCUCGCCUUACCUAAUGUUUUAUUCCCUUUAAGAAAGAUAAGAAUCACACUUUAAUAUUUUCCUAGAUCUUCUGCGUCACAAGAGAGUCAGUGCUACAGUGACUGCAGCCAUGAAGGUCUGCUCUUUGACCACAGCUGGGCUCGUCCUUGUCUGCUAGCCUCGGGGCAGCAGAGAAACCUGGAGGCCAGCCAGCAAAGAAUAAGAGCUGGCGUGAUUAUCGAGGGGUUUUUGAAAGAGGAGGUGCAGCGUGAUCAAUAAUGUAUUCAUUAACCAUUUGACUGACAAUGGAACUUUUUGUUCAUUAACAGCCUUUUUAAAAGGGUGUUAACCGGGUGAAUCUGCAAACGGUGGUGGUGCCUUUCAAAUUUCACCUCCCCUUAAAGGUUUUUAUUUGAUAUUAUGUCAAGCAAAGCAUUAAAUGAGCAGCCUCUUUGACCUUUCUUUCAGGCGAAGUGGGGCGACUGAGUUGACAGGGUUGAGAGGGCAGUUUCGCUUUCUGCUGCCUUUGCAAACUCUCCCACCCCGUUUAAUCCUAGCACUCUCACUACCAGGAUUAAGAGAUUUGUACUCCCUGAGCUGUUUUGCAUGCAGUGACAAAAGGGGGAAUUAAAGAGUAAAUUGACCCAAAAUUAACUGGAGCUGUCUAUUUCGAGACACAUUCUUGUUUACUAAAGACAAAAUCAUCCCCCCGCUGAGUCCCCUAGUCCCGUAAUUCAGUAGUUAGCUGUAGCGUUGUCCUGAAAGUCUCUUUCAACAAAGAACAGAGACACUUGAAGAUAGUUUUUCUCCAAUCCUGCCUGUGUAUUUUAUUCAGUUUUGUCAAAUGCUCUCACACACAGCUUGUUUAGAGACGGUGGUGGAUAUAACAGCGACUCAAAAGUGACACAAAAAGGGUUGGAGCUCCUCCUGCUCACUGACUGCACUUUAUAGUUCAGUUUUUAGUAGUUGCCUAGUUCAGAUUAGGUAAAACGCAAUAUAUACAGCUCUGUUAAGAAAUCCAGCUCCUGUGAUGUACCUGAUUAGCAGAGUAGAGGAGAAAAAGGGAGCAAACUGAACAGACUGUAGGGGUCACUAAACUUCCCUGAACUGUGACUGUCUGCUUCAAAUUGAUACAAAAGGCGGUUUUGCUGUAGAUUGGCUGACCUCAGUGACCUUUACUGUUAUAUCUGUUAAGUUAAAUGUGUUUUCCAGUCAGAAGAAAGGACGGGCAUUAGUAUUCAUCCCUACCCACUGAGCAAUAGACGUCUAUUAGACGUCUAGUUUUUUUGUAGACCUAAUUUCAACCGUCUGGAUCCUGUAUAUUUUUAGACAGAAUUUAGACGUUGCACUUUAACCCAUUAUUUGAUUUAUUUCAAAAAACGAUUUAUUUCAAAAAGCAACUGUGAGUUGAAUUUAACCAAAAUAAUUAUGAUAGCUGUUGAGCAAAAUACAGAUUUAGACUUGGUCUGAAUUUGGACAUUUAAAAAACUUUCAUUUUUAGACCUGUGGUAGCCUGAUUUUAGACCAGUUGUCUAGGCUACACUAAGACGUCUAUUAGACCUCUUAAAGACCAAAAAAUGCUCAGUGAGUCCUGCCAUGAAUCUGGCUCCAAAAGCUCCUGUUGUAUUUUGGCUUCCUUAUUUCUUUAGAGGUGGAGCGCGUUUUCCAUCUUUCCAAACAGUCAGUGGUUGCACAUUAAUACUCAUAUUCGCUUCGAUGAGAGACGGCUACGAUCUGGGGAUGUGAGGAACCAAAAAUUAUCACAAAAACACACAAAGGAGAAUACUUCUUACACCACAUCAGCAACACUAUCUGUAAGGAUAUUUUUGUCCCAUAUUUCUUCUUUUGUUUCAUCAUGUCUCUUGGAAGUUAAUUUUCUCAAAGCUCUCCCCCACCAGAAGUUGAACUUUGAUCUGUUUCGCUUCAAUUAGCGCUUGAAGUUUCUGGCUAGGUCUUUAUUAAUUCUGUGACCUUUGAUCUGUCAUAAGUCAUUACCUUAAUCUGUAACUAGCCUAUGAAGAGGAUGUGAGAAACUCAUUCCCCUCUUAAUAAGCAUGAUUAUUACAGUUGUGAACGAGGAAGUGAGGGCGACUCGCUAAUGACAACAGCGCGUAAUAUCUUCAGAGGCUCACAGGCUCUGCCAGGCUGAGAGUCCCUCUUUUUGAGAGGGUAUUUAGGCCAGAUGACUGCUGCAUGACUCUGCCCUGUCCAGCGUUAAAACAUAAUUCCAGAAACAACUUUGUUGGCAGAAAUAGUUUGGUUAGAAAGUUUUAUUGCAGGCGGCGAUAUAUGCUAUAUGCACGCUUCACAUUUGGGUUUUGAUGAUCGGAAAGAUGAUGAGAUUUUUCCUCCAGAAAGAGAUUCGUUGCCUUUGAUUUCAUUUUCAUUUUGGCUUUGUUGCAUUUUUUAAUGCUUCAAAGACACAGUUUUAAAAUAAAUCAUCUCUGCACUAGAAGGGGAGCAUGUGGAUGGAAGGAGUUGUUUGAUAUCUUCAGUAGGCACAUGUCUUUCAUUGAUUUAUCCAUCAGCUUCAUCACAAUCUUCUACCUUUCUUUAAGGUGACUUUCAUCACAACUCUACUACAAAUUCUUAAUAAUAUUACAAACAAAUUGAAUUUUACAGGUGUUGGUUUUACUCCUAAAUGGUGCAAAGCUCUCCAGAACCAGGAAGAGCAUGUAGGCUACACAAAUAUAGUAUUCUAUCCAGCGUUUUAAAAGACUUUAGUUUGAAUGGGCGAGAAUAUUAAAUGUAUUAACACUGCAUGACAAUCACCAAUUAGCUCCAUUGUUCCCUGUUCUGAUAACACCUCUGCAUAAUGAGUAAGAUUAGCCUUUUAUCUAGAUGAAAGACUCAAUUUUCCAACAGAUUCCUUAGACAUGAGUUAGGCAGAGUGAUUCAUGAAUUUCAAUUAAAAUGAAAGACCUACCUCCUACUUUAUUAUGCCAUCCCUUCAGUACACCGGAUCAGAUCUCAGGAGAAGGGUGCGCUUCAUCCUUUCUCCCAUAUUCAAAACUUCAUUUCCAUAUUUCUUUUUUUCUCUGAAGGAUGUGACACAUUUGCAUUUCCCUGUUCUCUCUCACUGAUCAGAAUUUGCUGAUUGAAAGUAAACGAAAUCAACUCAUCAUGGUGACAUUGAAUUCGUCUCCUUUCCUCUUUGAAUACUCUGCAUACCGUGGGCUCAUUGAUCACAUGUAGUCAAUCUCACACCUUCGUCAGCACAAAUCUUGGAGCUCUUCCCCCCCUUUUCCUCUCUGCCGCCUUACUGUAAUUAGACAGUUUUCUGCCACAGUCCUGGUGCUCAGAAAUCUGCCCCAAAUUAUCUUUCAAUCUCUGGUUUACCAUUUUUGCCAUGGGAGCAUUUCUGCGAUUAGCACCAGCUCGUGGGUGUUUGGGAUUCACUACUCUUUCUCCUCUCCUGCUGCAUCCCUCCUGCUGGCGGUGGAUCCUAAUCGAAGCCUGAUUGAGUGAUAAUCUAUAACAGCACUGUUCAGGCUUGCAGCCAGCUCUCUGCUGACCCCUCUGCCUGCAGGAUGAGCGCCACAGUGUCGACAACAGAGCAACAAAACUGCCCCAGGCAAAAGAAAAAAACUGCUCACGUAUGAUGUCCCAUUGCCCUUCUUUUUUUGUUGUGAUCAUCAAACAAGGAAAAAAAAAAGAACAAAAGAAGCAAAACUUGGAUGAAGUGAUUCAUGAUCUGUUGGUGCGUCUGUUCUGCCGUCCUUGGAUUGUGUAUCAUCCCUCCACAGGCCGUGUUAGUGGACUGCUGAUUCCCAUCAGGCGGGGUUUCUCUCUCUUACCGGCCUGACGGUCUCAUUCCUCAGAUAAGAGUCUGCACGUCUUAACCCUGCUGAUCAGAUGACCUUGACUGCCACAGAUUUAUUCAUGCUAAGUGCCUAUUUUUGUGAUACAUUUCUCUCUUGGCUUCACACUAAAAAAAAUGGCAUUGUGGCUAAAAAAGAAAAAAACGCUCCAUGUAGGUCACUUUAGUGUUCGGCUGAACCAAACCUCCAACUCUUGUGAGCGCGCUUCCAGGCAUACUGAUGUCGACCCAAUCAAUCGCGUGCCGUGUUGCUCAAUAUGAAUGAUCAAGAAAACUGCACAGUUAGAAAACACAGUGGCGCCUGGACCUGCUACAUUAAAGCAUCGCUAUAUAUGACAAAGCGGCGGCUGAUCAAAUUAGAAGGGAUUUACAGCUUGUUCCUUCAUGGCUAAGCCUGCUGAUAACAGCUCAUUGCGGAAAGUAAGGCUAUGUAAUAAAUAGAGAUGUUGACCAAGGACUCAAUCUCCUAAGAAAUCAUUUAGGCUUGUGUCAAGUGGACAAGAUUGAUGCUGAAUAUGAGUGCCAUGGCUAAGAUUUAGCCCCCUGAUGGUAUUAGGGAGAUACUGAGUGUUCAAUUUUAUGGGCCAUUUUCCUUCAGCUGUUAUCUGGGUGGUUUUCAUUAUGCUGUUUAUUGGUGGUUUAAUGAUGUUUUACUCUCUGCAUGUGUGUGUGUGUGCUAACUCAAUUAUAAACCGCACUGAUGAGGAAUGGUCUCUGUGUCUCAGCUCUGUGUACAGAGGAGUGUGUCCACGGCCGCUGUGUGUCUCCAGAUACAUGCCAGUGUGAGCCCGGAUGGGGCGGACUGGACUGCUCCAGUGGUGAGUGCACUUUUCCUCCUAAGCUUUACAAUUAGUCACAUUGACUCAUUUAUUCCUAAAUGGCUUUCACAAGCAGUUUAGACCAUAAGAAUUUCCUGUGAAUCUGUUUUGCCUCGAUGUGCGUCUAUCUCAAAGCUGCUUAGCUUUGUAUCCUCUCUUCUUAGCAAACACAGCCAAUGGAACAGGUAAGUCACAAUGAAUUCAUUCUCAUUUGCUAUAAGUGGAAGUGAUUUGCUUGAUGAAUAUAGCGGAUGGAUGGAUGGUUGCAUUCCCCCCCUUCCUUGUGUCUACUGAGCUUUCUGUUAUAAUCUUAAUCAUGAUUAGACCGGUGCCUAUGGCUUAUUCAGUGGAAUGAGGAAUCAAUGCCAGGCUGAAACAAACCAUUGUGCUCGGCCUCUGUGUUUACUGGGGUUUCCCCGCAGCUCCCAGAGCUGGACUCCUCCAGGAGGGAUGGGAGGGUGGAGGUGAGCAAAUCCCGCCCGCAAUCAGCUAAAUGCUGGAGCGUCACUAAGGCCAGACAGGAGGAGGGAAUCUAUUUACUCCUCAGUGAAAAGCAUGUCUGCAGAGAAAUAGAAAAUGUGCAUACAGGAGCCUGUUAUUCCCAGACAGCAGUGACCUACUCGAUAUUUUCUGCAUCAACAUUUCUGACCCCAAAUUCUCCUUUCCUCCGUCUGCUCCCUGUAGCAUUUAACUGUUAUUGCCUGUUGCACAUUUAGGAAUGAGUAAUGGGAGCUAAAAUCAUAUCACUAGUGUUAUUGUAUGGAUCUAUGAGUUUUCAUUAGGAAGAGAGCCAUUUCCUGAUUAGCAACCGUGUGUAAAUCAGCUGCCUCACUGCAGCGCCGGCCCGCUGGAGGUGGAUUCAUGGGCGUAGAUGACAAGCUGGAGCUGUUUGCUGGUGCUAACUCUGUCAGACUGGUGAGGGUCCAACGGGGACGAUGUGAGGUUCAGGCCCCCCAGGGACUCUUGUUCCCACUCUUGGUUGGUUAGGAGUGCAGCCGUGUGAGCCUUCCUGCCUGCAGGUGCUGGACUAAUCCACCUUAUUAAAACAGACUUGAUGAUUGAGACAGAGGCAUUAUUCAUAACUUUAGAUUUCCAUACCAGGCACGAUUCCAGCCUUUUUCAUUUACGAGCUUUCAUCUGUAGAAAUGAGGAAUGUGUGCCAAUUUUUAAAUUAAAUCUUCCCUCUUUUUUUUCUUCUUGUAAAUGGUUCGGCAUGUUUUUUUUUUGUCUUUUACUGUAAAUUUAACUUUCAACCAGCUAAGAACACUGAUGGGCACUUGGGUAAGUUUUACAGUCAUGCUGUAAAACAUGCUGCCGUUGUGUUAAAGCACCUGAAUACAUCACCUGGAUCUCAGCAGCACAGUUAACGCCAUGGGUUAUUUUCUGUUUAUUUUACAACCAUUAUGUUUUAGUUGAAGCAUUUGUGCCCCCAUAAAAGCAAAUCAAUGAUAGUUGGUCAGAGGGCAGAAUGAGCAGGUCACACGAUGAAGAGGGUGUGAAUGUGAUUUUUUUUAAAAAGUGUGUCGCCCGGGCUCAGAGACGAAGAGCUGCCGUGGGAUGCAGAGCGGCCUGAAGCUGAAGUGACAGUCUUUUUCAGCUGCCGAUCUGGAGCCCGAUCAAAGGCUUGGACCUCGUUUCUGGAGCAGCACCCACCAGGAAGCAGUUUUGUAUGUGGGUCAGGUGGUGAAAAUAAAAGAGUAGGGCUGUUUGUGGCCAGAGAAGAGCAGCAGAUAAGGUGAUGGCGGUGGUGGUGGUGGUCAGGAGGGGGUCAGUAAGUUGUGCGGGGAGAGAAUUGAAGAUAUCGUCUGUUUUUCACCCGCUGGUGUCCACCUGCUGUAGCCAGAAAACAUUUCAUCCUCUUUCCCGGCCUGAGGCGAUGGUCCCACUGAGAUCAGACCUGCUCUGUGACCCGCCUGCAGUCCUGGGGUGUCUUAGAUUCAUCCCAAGGACACACUGAUAGACGUGGACAACAGAUAAAACAGCAAAAACAGGAUGUUUGCUGUCGACAAAUGUCGUCUGGUUCGUUCUACAUCCUUCAAACGUGGAUUUGGAGCACUCUGAGCUGAGGCUUUGUUUUCCCAUAAGAGUGAUGAAUGAUUAAUUGUUGAUGGUGGUUGGUGUGUUUUCUCUCUGAUGCCUGUGUGUGCUUGUGUUUACUGAAUGUGGUGUUGAACAUGUCUCUAAUCACAUCAUGAGAUUGCUUUUAAUUUUUUAUUUCAAGCUUAAGGCUUUAAGGUUACUUGUACCGUUUACUUUUUCUUUCUGUUUGUCUGUUGUGCUUGUUUUUUUGUUUUUUUUUAACACUGCUUUGCCCUUUUCUCUCUUUAAAUGGAAAUGUAUUAUCUUCUUCUUUUCUGUGCCACACUGUGAAUACUUUGUUUUGUCAGUAGUUGUUGUCUUGGAAGAGAACAUAGCUCUCAGUAGGAUUUUCACCAUGUAAGUAAAAACAAUGGUUUAAAAACAUUAGACCCAAUAACAAAAGGAGUGCAACAGCUUUUGUUUCUUUCUUCUUUUUCUUUUUGAAAGCAAUCGAGAUAGAUGGGACUCCGCUUAUGGGACUGAACAGCAUGUCUCAAGUCAUUUUAGUUACUGAAUUGAAGUGCCAGAUUUUGCUGGUGCAGUGAUGUUAUCGGUUGUAGUUUGCAACAAAUAUACAGAAUGUUACCGUUAAAAGAAGCAGGAGAUGAAAUUGGAGAUGAAAUCUUUGCAGAAAAAUUGCGAGUUUAUUGAAUGAAAACUACAGAAAUCUUAUGAGUUCUUGGGUUUAAGAGCAGAUAUUUUUUCACUGAAGCUAAGAAAAGACCCACUCUCUCUCUACCCCCAUCACUGCCUACUUUUCAGCUCUUGUGAUUUAAUGAGCCUGACACCAGGAUUACUACAGUAAUAACAGCUUUCAAAUAUGGAGUCGGAUAAAGGUAGAUGCUUUAUGUACAAGGUGUAUUUAGCCAUGACUGCCAUCACUUGUGAAAUAUAAGGUGCAGUGAAGCACUAUCAUUGAUUUCAUGUGCUUCAGUCAGAUAAUGAUAUGCUUCCAGUUCGAAGAAAUGUACGUGGAUAAAGAUCUUGUACUUUCUCUUUUUCCCGUGUUUCUCGAGUUUGCAUUUUCUUAUGGUGGUGGAAAUGUUCACAUGCCUGUGCAGAGUUUUCAAAAAAAUCAAUGUUGACCAGAUUCUUAUCUUUAAAGGACCGAGAAGUUGUUUAGCUUUGUUAAGCACAGAGCAUCCUCUGUGUUGUGAGGAGAAAUCUAUCACACUUAACAGCCAAAUCUAAUGUGGUUGGUCAGCCGCGGUCCAUGAGGUAACAUAUUCCGCCCUAAUGUAUUCAAAUGGGAAGGCAGCCACUGCUGCGGGUGCUUCACACAUGGUUAAUUGAUGAAUGUGGCCUAUGAACACUUGUUUAUGGGAUAUUGCACCAAACAAGGGGUCACAUGCUCUUUAUAUUAUAUUAAUUAUCAUAUAAAACAGUAAGAUUAGUCUUUAUUAAGGCAAUUAAUGAGUGAUUGCUUUUAUUACAUAUUGAACUCGUUGCAUUGAAGUAGGAAUUGAAGCCAAGUCAAGCAGACAUUAAGCUUUGUUAGGGGAGCUGAUUGCAGAAAAUGAUACAACCAACAAGCCCAUGUGUGACAUGAAUGUAUGACUAGACAGAAACUAUGAAAUUAAACUUUAUUUUGGCCUGAAAAAUCCCCUGAUGAGGACUCCCUCUGGCACCCGUCGACAGUAUUUCCACAUUAUUCUCCAAAGUGCAUCAGUGCCAGAUGGUUCCCCUCCAAUCCCACAGCAGCAAGACAUUGACAUGCAUCGCUGUCAAAGACCAAGGGACUGUGAAUUACAUUGAAUGGGGCAGAGCUGCACACAUGCAUUAACUAUCACUUAAUGUCACUCCCAAUGUCUCUACUUUUCUCUCAAAACUUCUUCCCUCAUCAAAAAUACAGCUGGAUAAUCCAUUAUUUGUGCACGCAUGAAGCGUUGUGUACCAUUUUGUACAGCGAUGUAUAGGGCAGCAAUUCUCACUGUCACCAUCCACCAACACAGAAUUGAAACAGAUUUGAUCCGCAUGCCACCUUGUAAACCAAAAGUCCAAGUCCAUUAAAUUCCUCAUUACGCGCUCAUGUAAAAGAGACAUUUUUGAAGAAUUAUAAAUAUUCUAUUAUUCUGAAAGGGGUUCCUUGCUCCUUGUAACAGUUGAUGCCAACUGCCUCAUCCGUUUUGAUAGAUCAAAGUAGCGAGGCAACAGUUUUUCUCCAGGGGACUUGAGAUGGACCGAUCCAUAGCACCUCAUGGAACACAGUUACCACUCUGUACAUCUGUGUGUUUGUCUUGGUGUGUAUCCACGCAGCCCUCCUGCUUUGACAGAGCUUUGUUUUUGUGUAGUUCACUGGGCUCCUGGGGAGUGUUGCAGCCAGUUUAUAUACUGCCAAGUAUGUGACAGUGUUAUUUAUUUCUCCACAGCACAGAGUUCAUUCUUAUUGAGACAUCACGUCUUGUCUGCCUCCAUAACGUGCUGAUGAACUAGAGCCGGUUGCACUAGUUUUCCCUCAGUUCAAACUAAGAGCAGCUGCGAGGAUCUUUCAUUUUCAGUCGAUUUUGGCAUCCCCGGUGGACCAGAGCUGCACGCCUGGUGUUGUAGAGAUCUUGAUCCAGUUACUGUGUGUAUUAGUUUUAGGAGUGAGUGAAAGACACACAUUAUUAUAAACAAUAUUUUUCUUUUCCAAACACAGCUGUGUUUGCAGGAUACACAGCUAUAAGGUUAUGAAUCUGUCUGCGACUGUGUUAAAUUAACAAUUAGGAUAGACUUAAUGUAUCUUUCAAGAGCCUAAUUAAGCAUAUAACUAUCAGAUAUGGUUAUUAGGUGUUAUUAAUUUGAUACUAAUUCUCACUGAAUGUUACACAAACUCGCUGCUCUACAGUAAUGACCAUCGAGCUCUGUAUAGACGGAAGAACUGUACACGGAUAUGUCUCGUUAUUUAAAAUUAAAACAUUACACAGAAAGAAUUUAGGAUCUGUUUCCAGCCCAGCCGUACUUAUUUUUUCCUCGGCCCAUUAUUUUCCCUUUUUUUUCGUCUUUGACUGCUUUGUAUUCUUUGAAGAAAAAGCCCCCCGCAUCCUUGUAUCUGGACAUACUAGGAAAUGCAAACACAAGCGUUUCCUCUCCCCGCUAGAGCUGUGUAAAUCUGAUCUGAUGGAGUGGUGACAGGAAUAAAGACAGGCUUAAUAGAAACAGUCAGUCAUCUCACUGGUUUGCUCUGGUUUGCUUUAUUCAGUCAUGUAAAGACAUGAGUCUCAUCAGUUACAUUAAGACUCUUGCACAUAAAAUACAGGGUGUUAAGAGCAAAAAUCCUCUCAUCUCGCAUGAGAAGACAGAAGAGACGACUUAUCUUAAAGGUGUGGUGUUUAGGGACCAGUUAGACAAACAAAUGUGUUUCAGGAGACCGGUUUAAGUGCUGGAGUGUGAAAUCCACAAGUUUAAAGGCUACAAAACUUUACAUAGUUGGAUAAAGUAAACUGAAACAGAGCUAAACAAGUGUUUUUUUUUUUUUGUUUUUUUUUUUCUUUUUUUGAUCUGUUGAGUCUGACUGAGCUUUUGCCGGACAGCAGUGCAACAUCCUCUGGCAAGGUGCUGCAGUCCAACAAAAGUAAAGCCAGGCUUAAUAUUUUUAUCAAACACUCCAUGUCAGAGUCAAUGAAAUGAGUCAGGCUUUUUUUUUUAAAACCGGGUUAAGUCGGUCAAAGAUGAUAAGGUCAGCAUACACCACAUAGGAAAGUAGUGAACAGCUCUGAUUUGAUAUUAACAUGAUUUUUUUUUAAUACUCUUAUUUAUUCCACAAUGAGUCAGAAGAUUCAUCUUAAAGGACAACAAUGCAUAAGGGAUUUUUUUUUUCCCCCCUCAAACCCCCAGCCCGCCCCUCCAGUCCCCCCCUCCCUGUACCCCCCCCCCCCAAAAAAAAAAAGGGCGAACUGCGCAAAAAGUAAAUGAUGAUGAUAAUGUGUAUCUCUAUGUAUACAUAUACACACAUACACAUAUAUAUACAUAUAUGCACACAUAUACACACAAACACACAUACAUACAUAUAUUAAAAGUAAAACAGACAUUGCCCCCCCCAAAAAAAUAAAUAAAUAAAUGGACAUGAUUUUGUAUAAUAUUAAUGAGAGAACUGGAUUAACCCAUGGACAAUGGAAACUGGGUGUGUCCCGACAAACAAAACCAAACACGGUGAAAUGCAACAACUAACAGAUAUCAAAAUUCACACAUGCUGCUGUUUUUUUUUUUUUUACUAAUUGUGCAAGUAGUUUUCCAGGAAAGGUGAAUGUAGUUGCUGCAGGACUAUGAGAAAAUGAAAACUACUCUUGAACCAGGUCAUUUUCAAUCCAGAUGUCUUCAUCUACCAGAGCGAAACUAAAUAUAACAUAGCAGUGGGCACAUAUGCUAGGUAACUUUCUUCAUUAACCAGUUUAGUUGAUCUCUAAUGAAAGCUUGAACUGAACCUCUUGUACUGACUUGAUUUAGCAGCUCAUACUCACCAUUUAUUAGUCAUCUAAACCACUGUCCAUUUGGUCUAAUACUCACACCAACAACAGAGGAUUCAGGUUAUUACACUUUAGCAGAUUUAGUGGCGCUAAAACCGAAUCAGAGUUUAGAUUCUUCUGGUUACUGUGUGGGCCAAACAAGAAGGCUGCUGGCUGUUGAAUGUCAGUGCAAACAAUGCAUGAUGGAUGGUUUUGAACACUGAUAUCCAAACAAACACCUGAGUGUUUUCUUUAUUUGGCACCUCGAAGCUUAAAUGCCAUAAAGUGACUUCCUUCAGUAGUACAUUGUUUGUUGUUCAUUUUUUUGACUGCACAGCGUCUGACUGAUGUACUUCAGUUUCUGCAGCUUUAAAAAUGUUCAAGUUAGUAAUCUUGGUUUUGUUCCCUUUGGCAGCUCUUUUGUUCGCAGGUGUGUUUCUCGGCCUGCCCUCCAACAGAGAUCUUAACAGCUUUUUGUCUUCAUCUAAAUGUCCUGCCCCUUUUCAUCGAAUUUCCUAUGAUUUUUGAAGUUUUAGCAUCAGCAGUCAUUAAUCUUUGCUUUGAAGUCUCGACAAUAAUAUAUAGCCUACUUAACUUGCAACUCAAGGAUUUACAGGAGAAAACACUCCAGCACUUGUAUCGUAUCUCUCUAACAAACCUGCUGGGACUAUAGACUGUACAUCUAGUUUGUCAUACCGUAAUGAGAAUAAUGCAAAUACAAGGGCCAGUGAGACUGUGAGAUGAUUUUAUAGGUUACAGUAGUCAGAACAGAUCUUAUUGUGGCACACAGCCAAUUAUCACAAUCAGCGUGAUGUUCACGCCCCUGUCUUUCUGCACAUGCAUAGUUCUCUGUGCUCUCAUUGGUCCACAUUGCUGACAUCACAGCAGGCAAGAGGACAUGAAUAAUAAGUUUUGGAGGGUGACAGAUCAGGCUAUAUACUUGUAACAUUUGCAUAGAUCUUGCUCAUCACAGUUUUAAUGGCUGCUGUCAUUUAUUCUGCAAAGAGUGAAUAAAAGACAUUUAUUACACAAGAUAAAGGCUUACAUGGUGCAACCUGCUGUGACUUAGUGUCUAACAAUAGUUCAUUAAGAAGUGUCAUAUGUACCAUAUCCAUGCACACAUGUCGGCUGUUGAACAGAACAGAUUGAACUGUGUGGAUGUCACUGUGGCUGUGGCUGUGGCAGAGAUGUGUAAAGAUGUGGCAGCUCGCUCCUCUAAUCUUUCCUCACGUUUCCCAGUGACUCAAGUGACUUAUGUGUGGCGUAAAUCACUGUGCCGAGACUGAAACUGAGUGAUGGCGGGUCUACCCGCUCAAUUGUGGCACAGCGCUGUAGCUGACUUUGGCCUUCCUCUCAACACUACAUUGCACAGACACACACUCAAACGUCUGUGUGUGUGUGAGUCCUCGUUAAUGAAAUAUUACUCAGAUAUUCCUACUGCAAUCAACGGCUACAUUUUUCAAAAUCUCAUGUUCGUAUUUGUCGGGCACACCCGUUCAUACACACACCCACACACACUCACACACACGUCUCAGCAGAAUUUUCUAUACAUACAAGCCUCAUUGGCCAAGUAUGCAGAUUGACUUUGCCCAGCACUGAAGAUUUUUUGUAGCAUCCCAUUAAGCAGGAUUUAUUGUUCCCCAAGAGCUCACUGCUCCAUUACCUUUGGGAGACUGCCUAAAAUGUGUGUGUGUGUGUGUGUGUGUGUGUGUGUGUGUGUGUGUGUGUGUGUUUGAGUGCGCUUUCUUUUCUUCACCCAUAAUAUCCAUAAAAAAAAAAAAAAACGUCUAAAUAAAAAACAGGUGGACAUCCAGGACACAUCACAUUGAUGGUGAGGGUGAUUUUGAACCGAACAGAUACAACAUCCGGUCCCCUUGGUCAUUAUCACCGUGGUGCUUAUUAGUCAGAAGGAGAGAGAGAGUUAAGAGCCACUGGAACAGAGUCCCCAUCUCCGAGCGUCUGCAUAGAUGGCUUGAUUUAAUAAGGACAUUAAAAAGCCUUAUCUCCUGUCCUUAAGAGAAGGUCACUGUGUCUAAAAUAGCUGAAAUGCUAUGAUAACAGUUUAGAGAGAUAAGAUAUCUCCUGAAUGCUAAUGUAGAACAAAGCUGUUUAAGGCUCAUUUCACAGUCUAUAAGUCACACUUGAUUUUGUGGUCCGUUGCUGUUUUUAUGAAGUUUGUUUCCAAAGAUUCAAUUGACUUUUUAUCGAUCAUUGCUUUUCAUGACCUUUCUACAGUUCAGUGCGUGGUACACAGUAUCCCACACCCCCGAUUUAGACUGGCAGAGAGUUUGAGACACUUCUUCAAAGUCUCAACAGUUUGCCGGUUCGCUCUUUUCAGUUUCGCCAUAAAUAUUUCGAUUUUAACCAGUGGCACAUCUUCUUUGGUUUGUGACUCUUUAAAGCAAAGCAGCGUCUUCUUGUUAGAGGAAUUUGGGAGCCUGAAGUGGUAAAACUACUCAUUAUUUAACAGUGAGGAAUGGUGAAAAGAUCUCAUUUGCGAGGGAGGAAUAUUUCCCUUAUCAUCUAUCUCCUCUGACUUCAGACCUCGAUUACAACCUCUUGGUUUGAGUCUCAACAUCAUACAUUUAAACAACCAAUGAUCUAUUAAUCCAAACCAUUACAGCCUGUAAACCAAAUAAAUCCAUUACACUUUAUUUAAUAAAGCUUCUGCAGAUGGGAAACAUUUGCCCCUCUCUAAUUUGUCUGAAAUCAUCUUUGGAAAAGCCAAACUCCUUGGUGGCAUUUUUAGUGUUUUUGGACGGUAAUCCACAGGCUCAUAACGUCUUGUUCUGAAUAUCUUAAGUCCUUUUUUUUUGGCGCCAUCAGUUAUCUUUUCAUUGCUUACAUUGCAGCUGCGUGUCUUCUGCCUGCAAAGAGACAGUAAAGGUCUGAUAAAACACACAGUACUUCCUGUCAGUUUCAGGCUUCAACCUGAGAUUUUAUUACCUGUUUAGAAAACUUAACAUGCGCUGGCACCAUCAUACCUGUCUUUAGUUGAUGCUCUAGACAGAUUGCCAUGGUCAGCACGUCAGAUCAUAAAAACUCAGACUCAAAACUGGAGGUGACAGAGUACUUGCGUUGGCCUCUCCUGAUCCCUGAAACAGGUCAUCUAUUCAUUUACAAACUGCUCAGUCCUUCUAAAGUUCAACUCGUUGCUUAAGACUCAACACUUUUCUUUAGCUUUUAUUCUAGUUAAGCUUGACAUCCUGACAUUUUAGUGUGCCGCUCUUAUCAAUGAGUGUUAACUGCCUUGGGCCAAUCAGAAAAGGUAUUUAACACGGGACAUGUUGUUGUAAACAGCGAAGAUGGCUGCCGCUGAUGUGGAACAGUCUGAAUCUGCUGCUGCUUCAGGGCUAAAUGAGCUUAAAUAUUUCAUGUUUCGUACAAAGAGUGAGUUUAUUGGCUGAAUACAUCUACCAGUAAUGAGAGCUAGCUAAAGUAUAUUUUUUCUUUUGUGUUUUCUUGAUCAUUAAACACAACAUAUCCUGUUGUAUAAAAUGUGUUUUUCCUGCUUUAGUCUCCAGUUUUAUCAUCUCUUGACCCAUCAGAUUUUGCGCACAUCUCCACCCCAGGUUUAAAACCACAGCUAUACACUACACACACACAUGAAGUCUCCUACGUUAAUUUGUUUGUUGCUGACACUGUUUUCACCUCUCAGGACUUUGUAUUCAUGAUAGUUAUGGUCGGAAUAAUAGCUAGAGAUGUAACCAUGUUCUCAGGGAUCAUCGUGGCCCGUUGGGUGCUGUGUUGCAGUGUCCUUGGCUUGCUUUGGGAGCAGCAGGAGCAUAUUAGCAGUCUUUCUCAGAUCCUCUGGUGCACCUGCAAUCUCCUGAUGUUUAACCCUGGACUUCAUUGGAGUGUUGCAGUGAUUACAGGCCGUCCUGAGGGACAUCGAUUGUCCUGCUCCUCCUAGGCAAGCCCCACACAAUGCUGACGAAUGAACCCGUGGCCCUGCCAAGUCCAAUUAACUGUCAGUGCCGCAUCGACGAGCUCCUCCGUUUGUUGAGAGUGAAGAAAAACAAACUUUUAAUCAAAUUUGCCUCCGGGCCCCGGGGGUAUUUGGGGUUGUAUUUUGCAUUCCGCUGUGUUCUGCCUCGCCUGCAGUCGUGCCACCCUCUCAGAAGGUUAUAUUGCAUGUUGUUUGUGCGCGAGAGUUUGGACAUUACUUCAGCGGCAGCCCUAUGAAACACCCAGUGCUAGCAUCUAAAUAUUAUACAGAGACAAAAGGCAGGAAAAAGUGGAGAGCUAGGUCAGCUCAUACAAAAUUUAUUUGCACGCAGUGGCAUUGUUUCAUCCAAAGACAGAACUUUGGUCUGUGAGAGAGAAUCACAGGAGUGUUGUGUGUCUUUGGUGUGAGUUUCCAGCAGUUUGUCACCAGAACAUACUUUCUCCCUGAGGCCAGAGAGCACAUCAGUGUCUUGAAUGUCUGAAAGCAUCUUUGACUCGCUGAUCAAUAUAAACACGGGUUACGAUCUUGCAGAAUGGUUUUCUGCUGUUUUUUUCAGAGCAUUAACAUCUCCGCAAAUACCCUCUGCUAAUUCUACCAAGGUCGAGAUAAACAACUCUGCUCUCUUCUUCUCUGAUUAGGGUAAUGCAGACAUUAAAAGCCCACAAAUUCAAUUAGAUUGGUGGCUUUUGCCACAGAAGAAAAAAGGGAAAAGGAAAAAACAGGCAGAGACGCUAUCACAUUGCUAGGGUGUACUAAGUGGAACAAAGAGAUGUAGCUUGGGAUCUUAAAAUCGACAAAAAGGGCAUCUGGAUGAUAAGGAUCAAAGGAAAUUCUAGAGGAAUAUAAUCAUUACCAAACAGAGGAGUGCAUUCAUGAGCAUCCAAUCUGUGGUGUGCAGAAACUGAUCCAAAGUAAUUGUUAAACUGGAAUAAAAAAACACGCAGCUAAAAACAAGGUCAACGCCACUGAAAUUGUCUCUUUGCUCAGAUGAGCACAUGUUCUGGGCCGACAGAUGAGAAAUCUGGGCAGAAAAACACAGACCUAUAGGAGAUCAUCAUGUCCUGUAGCGUACGCUUCAUUAGGGCCUUUCAAUUGAGUUUAGAUGGAUAAAAGACAGGAAAAUGCUGACUUACAGGUUCAGGCAUCCUCAAAGUGAUGACUACCCCCCCUGAGAAAUUUGAUUUGCAAAGAAACUUGACACCAUGUGAUUUGCCCAGCCUCGCACUUUGAACAUUAGCUUGUAUUAUGAUUCUGGGACAUGUUCCUGGGACUCACUUCCAUCGCAGGGGAAGGCAUAAUGUAGUAUGAAUGACAAAAUCGCCCUCCACAACAGAACAAAAAGAGGGUUAAAGUCCACGGAUCAAUACCACUGGUCCUUGCUUCGACUCUGAAAUAAGAUUUUGGAUGGAAAUGUUCUUAUCUGUAUCUCCACUUUGUCCUUUAAACAAGACAACUUCAGCUUAAUCAAAAGGGACCGGUGAUUAAAUCUAUUGUUGUUCCCAUUUUAAAUAUUUUAACCGCUGUUCUGUCACUCAGAGUAAAUGUCAUGUGGAUGGAAGAUUUAGGAUUUAUGCCCCUCGCUGGCAGGUGCUGGAACCUUCUGCUCCUCCCAGAUGGCUCGAUUCAUUUCUUAGCCACCUCUUUACUUUCACGGUGUCUCUCUCUCUCUCUCUCUCUAUCUCUCUCUCUCUCUCUCUCUCUGUCUCUCUCUGCCUCUCUGCCUUUGUGUCCCUUCUAGACACUUCUUCCCCCCUCCACUCUUUCUCUCUCUCUCACACACACAUACACAGACAAUACUCCCUAAGUUGCUGUUGUAUACUUUUUACUUCACUUUGACUUUGAGAAUCGGGAAGAAUAAUUCAUGGGCCUAUAGCGAGUUUCAGAGAGAGGAAGAACAACACUGCUUUCACUGCUGCUUUCAGAGCCAGUUCAUUUGAGAUGAACUCCCAGAUUUUUCUCUUUUUCUCUCUCUCUCUCUUUUUGGAGGAAAUCUCCAAAGGGUCCGUAUUAUCCUGGAGAGAUGAUGGUAUAAAGAGAAAACCUUUAAUCUACAGUUUUUCUGUGUUAAUCAAAGGCUGGAGAUGUUUUGCUGUUUCUGCCCUUUCAUAUCGUAGCAGCUAUCUAUCCAUCCAGUGCCGCUGCUCUUCUACCUAAUUGAGCUUUACGCUCUGCUGUGGUUUUCAAACUUCUUUCUCCCAUAUAUUUGAGAAUUGAGUGCUAUUUUAUGACAUUAUAACCAAACUGCUUUACCGCAUUUUGCCCACUUUGGAUGAUCAAGCACAAGUUUUGUUGGUAAUAUACUAUAUUUGCCUGAAUGUUUUUGUUUUUCUUUGUUGUUGGACAGGUUUAAGGUUAAUUACUACACAAAUAGUCGAGAAAUUAACUAAGCUUUCUUUGUCUGUUACAGCAUGUCAGUCUGUUGGCAUUUCUGGUGGUCAGGCAGGUAAAAACUCAUCCAAAGAUUUAUGGCUUCAUGAUGGGCAUUUGCAUAAUGUGAGACCAUUAAAAAGCAAUUAUCUUCCUGUUUGUGUGCGCACACGUGUUUCUGUAUUGCAGGGAUUAAUUUUGUAGGUGGAUGGGCUCAUUGACUGUCGGUCUUCUGAAUCAUGUGUGUGAUUACAGUGAGGGACAGAUCCAUACACUGACACGUUAGACACAUAAAAUCACUUGUUUGAGUAAACAACUGAUGAGCGCUUUUUACUGAGACGUGUAGACAGAAAAAUAACUUCCACUCCAUUUGCAUUCAUAUGACGAUGUGUAUGUGUGUGUGUGCGCUUUUGCUCUUUGACUCCAAUUUCAUUGCUUUAUUACUUACUGCACAGGUAGAGCUUCAGGUAAUUCAAUAAUCAAAUUUAGAGAUUGAAAUAACUCGCCAACUUCAUUUUUUUUUUUUUUAUUUAGUGACCGCUCUGCUUAGAAACAUCGAAUGCAAUGUAUGUGACAGGAAAACACAAAAAUUCCUGCAAGUGUUUUUUAUUUGUACCCCAGAAUAUUACAUUAAAAUUCAGUUCAUUUUGAUGUAAAUAUCGAAUUUUUCAGACACUGGAGGCAGUUUGGGUCCCGAGUCACUUCACUGAUUUACACCAGGAAGUCAAACAGACUCAUAAAGUUUGUCCUUAUUUUCCCAUUGCAUCUUGUAUUUGUUAGAGCUGUAAAACAGUCAAUCUUUAACUGAAGUUAUCCUUGAAUUUUAUUAUCAAUGGCAUUAUUAAUCACACCUAAAAUGGGAUAGCAUUUGCACUCUUCGGGAGUUCCAGUUUGGUUGCUUUUCCUCUUUCUCACAGGUUUAAAUGCAUGAAAUAAUAAUUUAUAUAUAUGACAACAGUAAUACAGAUUCACUACAUGCUAAUUUGAGGAUGAGUCUUCCUCAGUCUCUUCUGGCCAGCAGUCAGCUUCCACCCUUUGGCAACUGACUUCAGUGCAGUCAUCAGCUUUGAUUUAGUUUCAUUCACAGGUCUGUGGUCAUUUGCAGACUCCAGAUUAUACUCUUCCAGUUUUUGUGAUGUGAUGCUGCAUCAUUUUGGUGAUAUCACAGCAAUUGGCUGCACCUGUAUACUUAGCUUGUAGGUAGUGGCUCAGAUUGGUGACAUUUUAACUUCGACACAAAGUGCUUAAUAUUUCUGAUAUUUUCCACCAUAGCAACAGCAAGAAGCUUUGUUUCUGUGCUACAGUGAAGGCAUUACCCUGACAGCUCUGAUUUGAACUAUAAUUGUCUUUGAAAAGGAUUACCAAAUGUACUUAUAGACCUCAAAACAUAUUUUUCCAAUCAGUUUUGCAUUUCUAGAUAUUACUUGUCAUAAUGUCUUUGCUUGGUUUUGUGUCUUUUCUGUUGAGCAACUGUUAGUCACCAAAACCGCCACCAAGAAAAUCUUAUUUUUAAAAAAAUUUUUUUUAAUCUUGAAUCAUUUAUCUUUAAAAACGUACCUCUUUUUUGUUAAAUUAAGGUUCAUGAGAUUCAAACCAACUUUGCGAAACUGGUCACAGGAGCUAUCAAUCUCAAGAACUACUGAAAUCACACUCUUUUCCUUUAUCCUCGCUCCUCCCUGUUGUCAUGAAAUUUAUAAGGUAUUUAAAACUUAUGAUUAACUUCCUACAAGAAAGCAGCAGCUGUGUUAUUCAGUUUGGAUUCUUGUCCGCCACGGAUCCAAAUUUCCACUUUUGGAAAAGACACAUCUCAAUCCUCUCCUGCAGCUCAGCCAACCUCUAUUGGGUUUAUUUUUAAGUUUUGUUCAGACAGUGAAAUAUGGCUCAACUUGUUCUGUUUGGUAUGCCAGCACACAACAAUGAUCCUUGUAAGCUGCUCAACAAACUAGAAAUGUUCCACAAUAUGUUUUUGCAGAAAACCGAUACUGGUGUUCUCAGCUGUGAAUUCAAGUCUGCUAUAAAAGCCAUUUAAGAAAUUGCCCUUAACUUGUUUCUUUCUUUCUUUUUUUUUUUUUUUUUACAUUUUCCCUUUCGAAAACUUGUCACACUUACUGCAAUUUACCUGUCAUGAGUUCAAACUGACCACUGUUCUUAAUGCUAAUUUUUAACAGCAGUGUUUCAAGUCUAAUGGCAGACUGUCUGAUACUGAAAAGACUGGAGGUAAUCUAUUCUAUGUUCAGCUUGAGGUGAAAAAAUAGGCAUGGCGUAUACAGCUAGCAUUUCAGUUCCUUCUGCUCACAUACAGACGUAAAUAGGAUUCUGGCUUUUGUUGUUAAGGAUGUCUAGGUUGUGCUCUUGUGUGCGGUCGCUUUGGCUGGCUUAAAUUCAUCUAUGACUAAUUCAUAUGUGCCACAUUGGAGUGUCAUGCAUUGAAGUUAUGUUUCUUUUUAUAAAAUCACAAAUAUGCCCUUAUAUGGCGAUAUCACAGUUUGAGCAAAUAUCAUACUGAUCUCGCUGGAUUCUCGUGUGACUUUUUGAAUGAUCCAUUUAGCGCCCUUUGUUGUCCCAUGUGGGGAUUAUUUCAACACACUUUAACCUUGCUUUAUGAAACUUUGCUCAUGCGAAGUACUGACGCCCAACAUUUUAACGUUUGUUUUUAAAAUACAAAAAAGCAAUUAUACAACCUCUUUAAACAUUUUAAUAGCGAUCAAUGGGUUAAGAAUUAAUUUACAAAAAAAUAAAAAAUAAACUAAUCAUACUGUUUAAUGUGUUACUCCUGAAAACUUUGUCUCCGCUGCUGCAGGAUGUUGUGUAUGUUCAGUGUGAUAUGCAACUCAAGUGCUAAUUUUUGUGGUUUUGUUUCGGUUCACCACCAAACAAAACCUGCUUUUAUAACCUGCUAUUUUCAGCCCAGCAGCCCUGACACGUACAUAGAUAAUUGAUGUUAUGUUGAUGUUAAAACAAACCAGUUUAAAAAAUCUGUUUCAAGCUCACAAUCCCUGCUAUGGGUCCCAGAUUCACCUGUGACUGUCUCAGCCUCCUCUGUCUGGAGAGAAACCAACUUGUAUGGUUAGUACUGCAUGAAAAACUCCUCAUACAGCUGCAUCCAGAAUUACCCAGAUUCUGUUAUCUGGCAGGGUUGAGUUUUUCUGCAUCUUUGCUUCCUUUUAAGAAAAGAUGUCAUACUUUUCACACAGAGGAGGAUUUCACACGGGGAGUUUCUUUGUUGUUUUUCAGUUUCUCUCAGUAAGAAACACUUCAGAUUACUUAAGUCAUGGCCCUUUGAUUUAAUGUCUGAUGCACGACAGUUGUCCCUCACACUGCAGUCAUGCAUUCAAAAUGACAGAACGCACAGGAGCGCGCUUUGAUUUAACAGCUGUAACUAAGUGAAUAAGAAACCGAGGGGGAUUUUCACAUUGUGACUAAAAUUUCUUACUCAGACAGCAGUCUUGUUUUUGUCAAAUGAAGCAUCCUUUUUUUUUUCUAUUUAACUUUUUUCUCUUUGUUUGUUACAGUUUGAAUAAUACAUCAGCUCAGGUCUUCUCGGAAUAAGGGGAUGUACCUUUUGUAAAUGAAAAGGAUUGUCCCAUUUAGCUGCAGUGCAAGGAGAAGUAUAUUCAGAUUAUGUUUGUUUAGUCAAAGUAGUGAAGAAGUUAAAGUUGCAGUGAAAAACUUUUAACUCUUGUUAAAUAAUGAUAAAUAGUCUUUCUUCAGGCUUUGGUUCUUGUGCAAUAGUGUCAUGGUGUGCUUAUGUGUUUUAGUUGUGCAAUAUGUGGUGCUUCUUUGCUGUGGUGGUCUUGGUGUGUAUUCUCUGUGAAUGGUUUUUUGCAGAUUGUUUUAGUGUUGUAUCAUUCAUUUGUUUUAUUUAUUGGUGCUAAUGCGGAUGCAAUUGAACACAUGCAGCACUUGGGUCCAAGACAAAUUUACCCAAGUGGGCAAUAAAGUGUAUUGUCUUAUUUUGUAUCGUAUUGUAUCAAAUCGAUUUUUGCAACCCCGGUCAAAUAUAUCAUUCUUUGUGACUAACUAUUGUGGAAAAUGUAAACAAAGGUUAUUUUAUCAGUGGACUGUUAUUUGAAAAUUACAAUAAUUAUUAUCAUCAAUCAAUCAAUCAAUCAAUCAAUCAAUCAAUCAAACUUUAUUUUUAAAGCACUUUUCAUACACAGAAUGCAGCACAAAGUACUUUCCAUUCACGCAGGAUAUUAAAAAACAAUGAAAUAAAAUAAAUAAAAAUACCAAUACCAAACCCCACCCACCCUCCCAACCCCCUUUUAACACAUACAACACUCACAUGCUCACACACACAGAUACAUACGCAAAACACCAGGUGAGGACUCUUCAACUUGCCACAGAUGACUGAAGAAACGCUAUCUUGAGUUUAGAAAAAGAUGAGGGAACACUGGAUCUAGGACUAAAAUGAUAAAACCAUGAUAAAAUAUAAUAAAGGUGAUAAAGCGUUAAAAGUGAAUUAAAUAAAACAGUCUUAAAGUCAAACAAUAACAGGAAGUAAAUGAAAAAAGAGGUAAUAAAACACAAAAUAGAAGGGUAAAAUCACCCAAUGCAGAUUAAAAGAUUAAAACAAAAGCCAGACUAAAAAGGUAGGUCUUUAGUUUACUUUUUAAAAAUAUGAACAUCAGGUGUCGCUCUCAGGUCUGCAGGUACGCUGUUCCACAGAUGGGGACCAUAAUGUUGGAAUGAUGAUUCACCAUUCAGGUAGCUCUAUUAGAUGUUAUUCAUCCUGUUAUUUGUGUUUGCAAAUCCUAAAGAGGCCCCUCUGUUAAUUUGAGUCAUCAUCAACCAAGAACUCCUUCAGCCUUCUAAGUAAAAGUGGUCUUUAAAGUUUGACUCAUUAAAAGUCGGGUUACUGCAGGGUCAGAGGUAAAAGAACUCAAUUUGCAGAAUGAAUCUUGUCAGUGUGACAUUAUUGGAUCAUAAUUAUUGCAGGAUUAACAUAAAAGCUGUAUUUUAAUAUGGUAGUGAAGGGUAUUGACUGCUUUUUAUACUGUGUAAUAGGUCUGUCUUUAAAAAUGCAUUAUAGUCUAUAAACUAAUUAUGGGUUUCACUCUUUGGUCUAUCAGGUAGCUCUAAUAUAAAUGCUUUGUCUUAAUAAGGAUAAAGUGGAAUCAGAUGGAAAUUUAAUUUCAUCAAAUUAUGUAAACAAUUACCUCAAAAUAUAGUUCAAUACAGCGAUUGCAUAAAUUCUCCAUCAGUGGUUAUUUAAGAUGUCUGAGCGCAGAGGUUCUGAAUAUUUUAGACACACAGCAUUGAAAAAAUUGCCUGAUAAGACAGGCUGACUUUGUCCUGAAGCCGAUGAGGUUGCCUCCAUUGUGAUUGUCUAAAACACAUGUCAAUCUGCACUCUGUGACCAUGCCUCCUUACUUCGACUGCUGCUGCUGCCCUGUGGCUCAUUGUACUUCAUCCUAAUUAGAAUUAAUAAUUGAAAAUAGGAAAUCAAUGUGUGUAAAUUAAGUGUGCUAACAGUCAGUUGUGUCAGGUUGACAUUGUUUUUGAGCUACUUUGUGUUUGCACGUGACCGCUCUGCUGCUGUGAGUUAGUAUGUCCGUGAUGCCGCACAAACAUGGCUUUAUUUAUACUCCAGUCACUGCGUAUCAGUGUGUACUGUAGAUAAACGUCCACUUCUGCUUUGAUUGCUUUUUUGUUGCUGUCCUGUGGCUACAGAGUGAAGGGUUUGUUUUCAGCAGGACGGGGUGAAGGGUAAAUUAUUAAUUGGAAGGAGCAGUGGGCUGUGUAACAAUUUGCUGAUCCAGAAGCUUUCAUGAGCCGUGUCAGGUUCUGUUGAACAAGUGACUGGUUUACUGCACUGAAGUAAGGCGACGCUCACAGCCAGCUCUCACUGCCUCCCCAAACAACCGGCUUUAUUAGAAAGAGAGGACUAUCUUUUUUUUUUCUUCCUCCCUUUUGCAUCGCCUCUUUCUUAAGUGCUUGUUUAAACUUAAGUGUGGGAUGACCUGGCCUUGUCUGUCUUGGUCGACCACCAGCCCGGUUAACCCAGUUAGAGCUGAGCCACUGAGGAGCCGGCUGGCACCUGCAGGGCUGGUAUCGAUCCCGGUCCACAUCCUGAAUAGAAGUUAGACAAAUGAUCAGAUCCUCUUCGGGAUAAACAACAAAGCCGGCCUUUUUAAUCAGUAAUGCAUAGUCCGAAAAGAAUUAAGUUAUUCACUCAUUAGUUUGGUGGUUCCAAAUAGGCAACAGUCAGAUCUUGUUACUUCCUAUCCGACUCCACGGUGGUACCAAGAGGGAGCAUAAGGUGCAUUAUCGUGAAUUGUCUCUGUGUGGUAAUGUGGGCAGGGUCCUGUGUUGUUUUUUUUCCCCCAGGGGGAACGUGAACACACAGGGGCUCUGCUAAGAUGAAUUAGUGCAGGACUCACGGCACGCCCAGCAACACAAUCUGCAGCAUGCUGUUAUUCCAUUUCAGCAAAACUGCCCCCAUGACUAUUGGCAGAUUCUUCUGUAUAUUUAGAAAAUCAUUUAUCAAGCGCACAGGGAUGUACCUAAACUGUUUACUUGUCGUGCCUGGGUUUUCUGAGGGUGAAUAAAUAACAGUGUAAUAGGUGUCAGCAGAACAUGUCGGGGACAGUGGGGCCUGUCUGGGAACAUAUUGGCAGCUUUUACUGCUGCAAGUUUCACAAAGCUGAGAGACAUUUAUCACUCAAUGCAAAUUCACCACUUUACACAACAAUCAUCACUUUCCCUGUAGACCCGGGUCCCAGUCCUGUCUGCUUUUCACUCUAUUAGUCUGCGUCAUUGAGUCAGGGAGCAAGUGAUGAAUAGCUGAGCGUUGAGUCGGGCUUUUAUUGAAUAACUCCGAUCACAAAUGGCUCAUUUUGACUGAAGAGCUGAAUAUAACACAGUCUUGUGUCAGCUAAAUUGUAGGCAGAAUUGUUUCAUUGUUCCUUUUAAAAAUGAUCAUUGUAACAUUUUAAAGCCCGUCUUUUCAUCCCAUUUUGUAAUAGUGACUGGCUGAUAUUAAUUCCGGUCGUGGAGUGUAAUUUGAAAAUUCAGAUCUGUCAUGGGAGGAAAAAAGGGAAAAAAGAACAAAGCAGCAAAGUGUGAAUCAGACAAUAUGAAACUCGGAGGUGCACUCUCCUCAUGAGGCGAUGCAGGAGACUCGUAAAGACAAUGAGUCACGCAGCUUUGCUUUGCCACAAGCUCUGCUGAAGAGUAAGCGAGGAAUAAAAAGGCUCUCGGGAUACAGAGGCCCCCCUUUUUUUAUAAUUUCUCCGUCUGAGUUAAGUUAUUCCUCAAGUGUCAACAGUGUGUGUUAAUAAUAGUUAUGUGACAGCCAGCGACUCGGGCACUGGGGAGUGAAGUCUGGCUGCGUGCCAAAUAUUCCAAUUGCAGUAAUGUGCUUUUCAAAGUAAGAGCUGGCAAAGAAGCAAGCGUCUGUCUGCACAGAGCACCCCAAGUGGCCUGCGUUUAAACCAAUCCAGCCGUGAUUCAGUUCAAGCUGGCUUUUUUUUUUUUUUUUCUCGAGCAUCCACCUGAAUGAAGCAGUUGAAGUCUUAAAGUCUGAUGCCAUUUGAAUAUGGAGGGAUGUUCUUUUUAAAGAGCUCCACUCCUGAUUUUAGCUCUGAGAGGCUUUCUAUGGCAAAGACUCCCACCUAACAGAGAACAGCGACAAACAUUUUGCUGAAAAAGGAGCAAGUUCAGGAGAACUUCUGCACGGAGCCAGCUGUUGAAAGCCGUUUGGAUUUAAUCCUGUUGCAGCCGGUGCCUGAUCAUGCAAACUCCUGAGCACACUUCAAAGCUCAGCACCGCCAUCAUGGCGCUCUCAGCCUGUUCUUUGGACGUCACCUUCAGAAGUUUCCCCCCUCAACGUGAUCUGUUUUGUUCUAGCCGAGGGGAUUAUGCUCAGCACCUUGGGAUUGGACCUUUCCCUGUGUGUGAGGUUAUCCACUCUCCAGCUGUUAUGCAUUAUGAGCUCUGAGAGUCCUGGCUGGCUGGUGUAUGUGUCCUCUGGUUAGGCUCCCUGACCCCGGUCAGUCCAGUUAAUAGGCUGGAUAGCAGCUUCAAGACUUGUGUGGGAUUCACUGCCUACACAGCACAACCCACAGGGGGUCCUCAUCACCUCGCACUAUUUAACUGUAUACUCCAGAAGCUGCAGCCUUCAUGUUACAUACAACUUUCUUCCGCUGUUUUCUCUCUGUUUUCGCCCGCAGCUCAUCAUGAACUCUGACUCCUUAAUCACAGUUAAAUGCUGUCAGAGCCGGGAAGUGAGAGACUGUUGGGUAAAGUUUGAGAAACCUCUGUGUAGGAGAGAGACAGCAAGAUAAUGGGCUUUGCUCUCAAUGUGCUGAGGCCUCUAACUGCAAGCUAAAGAAGGUUUAAAACUUCAAAUGGUAACAUUCAUGGAGCUCCUAAGCAGCAGAAAAGUCUGCAAAUUAAGCUCUGGAUAGAUUUUGGUAUAUUUCAGUUUUCUUUGCUGUGCCGGGUAUUUCUCCUGACAUCACAUUUUAAGUGAAACAUGUAUAAAAUGCUCUGUAUCAGUGCGGUCAGCAUUUAGAGCUUAAACCAGAGGUGCGAUGGCUUUACUAAUAUAAACUGCCUGUUUUUUGCGCUAUGCUGAGAGAUCGCUGUGAGCCCAGCAGCUCUGAUGAGCGCUUAUGGAGUGCUAAACCAAGUUCCAGCUAAACUGCUCAUCCAUUACCCACACACACCUCACAUCUAAUGUGCCAGGGUCGUUUGCGUGGCAGCAGCUCAACCUUCAGGGAGCUCAUUCAUGCCAGACUGGAGGCCAGAAGCAGAUUAGAUCAAAUCAAUGCGAGCCCUGUAAUGUGGCCUCCAGUCUGUCCAACCACAGAAGUAAUACUGCACUCGCCAAGUGUUUCAAGACCCCCUUCAGGGCAGACCUGUCUGUACCAGGGAAAGGCUGAUCAUCUUCCUGCUGUGUACCUGGAAAAACAGGCUUCGGUGCCGGCCAUGACAUAGUCUUCAUUAAGCUCCCGCUCCGGCUGAUCACAGCUCUAGCAAAAUGAACAUACGGAGACGGUGUGUAGUGUCUUUACAUUCAAGAGCGAGACUGUGAUGAUGUGAGAAUCAAUAGUGGAAUAUUCCCCAUCCUGGCUAAUGCAGUGCCAGCGUGGACCUCAAGCUGGGCUUUUAUGUGAGGCUACAAGAGCUGCUGCUGCUGCUGGUGGAGAGACAUAAGGCCACAGCAAUCACUUAAAUCACCUCCACAUCCUCCGAAGAACAAUUACCCCAGUGAGAGUGAAGACUUCCUACCACCUCAGUUCAGAGCCAUUGUUCUCCACAUAAAAGUCAGUUGUUCAUUUACCCUCGUGGAUUAGCCAUUAGCUGGUAGUUUAUUGGACAUAUUGAGUUUUAUUUAUUUAUUCAUUUGUUUUGUUUUUUUUUUCACCCUGAACCAGUCCCAGCGGUAUGUGGGAAUUGCUUGUUUUACAUCAGUCCCUUAGGUACCACUCAGCAACGUCAACAAGCUUUUUACAUGUGGCCAGCUAUGUUAUAUAACAUUCCCAAUUUUCUUGAGCUGCUCAGUUACAAUACAGCAGGGAGGGUUAAUUUUGCUCUUCAUUGUUGACAAAUGACUCUCCUGGGGUUUCUGUAUUUACAGAGCCGUCACAGAGGAUAAACAUUGUUUCAUUCGAGUGUUUUUCUAUUUAAAUGAACCUCUCCGCGUUAUUACUUCAAGAGCAAUGCAAUUAGUAAGUUAAAAGUGCAUUUAACAACGCCUGAAAGUGAGCGUUUAUCAUCAGUUAUAGCAUAUCGAUAGUUAAGAUACUUCCAGUACCUUAAGAUUUUUCCCCCAUUGGUAGUUUUUGACAGCUGACUGCUAAAGCUGCACCUGUUAAAUGUGUUAAAAGAAGAAGUAACAAACUGUUAUUUAUGAGAUCUCUCUCCUCCUUGUGUUCUUAAUCUCUCUAUCCUCUCGUGCUCUUUUCUCCAGUCCCAAAAGGUGUGAACAGCUUGCACAUUUGCUUUCCUCAGUGCAGAGGAAUUUCAAGGUGUUAUUAAGGCCUUUUUAUGAUGGUUGUGGUGUGUCAACAUCACAUACUGUUCGCUUAGUCUGGUUCAGGGUAUAGCUUCACUACUUUCUCAGUGACAGAAGUGGGAUUUAUUUUGCACCUGUUUGUCUUUAUUUUUCUCAAAGAUAAUGUUGGAUUCUAGUCGCCAAACUUCAAGUAAAACUUAACUUAAUAGAAAAAAAAUUAAAGUGCAACAUCCCCACUACCCACUGAACAAUUGACAGCUAUUAGAUGUCUAGUUUUUUUUUUUUUUUUAACUAAUUUCAACCGUCUAGAUUCUGUAUAUUUUUAGACAGAAUUUAGACAUUGCACUUUAACCCAUUAUUUGAUAGCUAUUUAUUUCAAAGGCAACUGUGAGUUACAUAAAUGAUCUCCAAGUACUUAACGAAAAUAAUUAUGAUAGCUGUUGAGCAAUAUACAGUGUAGUAUAGCUAUAGCACAGAUUUAGACUUAAUCUAAACUUGAUUUAAAUUUAGACGUCUAAAAAACUCUCAUUUUUCGACGUGUUGUAGUCUGAUUUUAGACCAGUCGUCUCGGCUGCAUUUAGACAUCUAUUAGACCUCUUUUAGACCAAAAAAUGCUCAGUGGGUGUGUACAACUAUUGGCAUCUUUGAGCAUGUGUAGUUUUCCUCAUUUGAUCAAUUGAUCAAUACAUUGACUGAAAAUAACAGUGUUUUAACAACAUACUCGUUUUAAACUAAUUAAAGUAGCACUAAGGUUAACAUUGUACUUGAGAAACUAGAGGGGAAAAAAAGUGCUUUCUUUUUUGUCUAAGUUUUGAGGAAUAGAAAACAAAUCUGCUGCAUGCCCUAAAAUGUUUGGUAGGAGGAAGAUCUAUAGCCCCAAACCACCGCGAGUUCAAACAAUUCAUAGAGGAAAAAAAACAGUAAUGUAAUAAUCCUCCUUUUCUUUGUUAUUUAAGUGUUUGUACAGAGCUGACCAAUACAUCCAAAGAAACAUAAAUGUUCUGGAGGUUAACUUGAUUUAGCAGCCUUUCUGUAAAGCAGCUGUAAUGCUUGUCUGCUCUGUAUGGGGUGUAUUUUUCAGCCAGAGGCGUUCUUUAGUCACUUGGUUACAGUUUGAUUAAUGUUUUGGAAGGCUCGUAUUGACAGGAGAUAUGAAUUUUGCUCUGCUGUGUUGCUGGCUUGAUAUUUGUCUUACAGAAAGCUUUGCUCACACCAGAGAAGUGUUUGUAGGUGUGAAAUAGAGACUCACACGCAUAGUCUCUCUUUUUGAUUUCUCUCUUAGGUCCUUUUUUUGUGUUGAGUUUGCAUGCUCUUCUUGUGUUUGCACAUCCAUUUCUCUGAAUGUGUACAAGUGAUGGUCUGACAAUGUUAACAUUGUGAUAGAUAGCUAUACACAGAGGGGACUCCUUUGUUUUUUGCUUGGAGCAUGCAUGGAUACAUUUCUGCAGCCUUAUGACCCACAGCAGGAGCAAAGACAGUGAAAGAAUAAAAAAAAAGAAAGGCUGCUUAUAUACGCUUUAUUUUGGGGUAAAAGACCAAAGCAGACAAAUUGCUUGUCUAUUUCAGGUCCAAUCCAUUGAAUCUUUGGGGAAAUUAAGACCGGGAAAAUAAUUUUACUCUGUAUUAAUUUGGAAAUUUACUCAAUACUCAGACAGAUAAGUUUUGUUGGAGUGUAAGUGAGUGUCUUGGCUAUAUAUUGUAUGCAGGAUUAACUCAAAAUUAAAUACAGUGCCAAUACUCCUGUAAUGACUAAUCAUUAACCAAGAGCAGUAAUGUGGAUGUAUUUUGAUGUAUUUUUAAUAGUUUUUGGAAAACAAUAGAGCUAUGUGGCACAAAGGAAUAAUUAACAUCAAGCUCUGGCUGCACAGAUGGAAUUUUUGUGGAUUUUUUUUUCCUUGCCAGCUAAAAGAAUCAUGAGACAUGCGAAAUUCUUAAGAUAAGUUGAUGCAAAUUAACUUACAAAGACAUACAGUGAAGUAGAAUGUUAAUAUCAUGCUUAUGGAGCGGUGUAGGACAUUUUUACGGUUUAAAAUAAUUAGUUGCGUGUUGUAAUUUCCUGGGAUGCUCGGUUUUCUUAAUGAAAUAUUUCGUGUAUUACAGAAAUCAAUUUAUGGGUAAUUAUGUCACGUUUGCAUUUACGUGACAUAUUAUUGCAGAGGUUUUCAAGGAUAAAUCCUGGUGCAUAUUCUUCUCUUUUGUUCCUCGACUCAGCCUGCUGUCUCAUCUGUGUGUGCCUGCAGGCUGUGAGAGCGACUACUGGGGACCUCAUUGCAGUAAUCGCUGCCAGUGCCAGAAUGGGGCCAAGUGUAACCCCAUCACAGGUGCCUGUGUCUGCACUGAUGGGUACCAGGGAUGGCGUUGUGAGGAGCCCUGCGAGCAUGGAUACUAUGGCAAGGCAUGCCAACUUCUCUGCCAGUGUCUCAACGGUGCCACCUGCAACCACGAGACAGGAGAGUGCAUCUGUGCAGCAGGGUAUUCAGGGGCUUUGUGAGUAUACCAUCAACAAAUACAUUCCUUUUCUGUCUGUGAAGAUGUGCCAUUUGAUGUUUCUCUGAGUGUUUUUUUGUUAAUGCAAAGAACUGCAGGCGAACACAAAUAUUGUGUCUGACACUUUUGAAUCUUGAUGUGUAUUGUGACAGCUGUGGAGAGCGCUGCCCCUCAGGGAGUCACGGGCCUCAGUGUGAGCAGCGUUGCCCCUGUCAGAACGGAGGAACGUGCCAUCAUAUCACCGGAGAUUGUUCCUGCCCUGCCGGGUGGACGGUAGGUCACACAUGCAAAUGUGGAAAGGAAGCAAGAGAUUAAAGGUUUAACAGUGAGUGCUGGAGGUGUUGAUAUGUUUAAUAAUAUAGUCUGAAUGAGACCUGGGGACUUUCUUAAACAUGACAGAAAAGGCCUUAAUGAGGGAAGGUUGAACAUGAUUGUUGGAGUAAUGUUAGUAAUGUUAAGUGACUGUACUCUCAACUGUAUGAAGUGUCAGUGAAGCAUGGGACGGUGUUUGGUACCAGCUUCCUUGUGCCAUUUUCUCUCACUCUCCAUGCAAAUGUCUCUCCUUUCAAAGCCAUUCAUUCACCCUUUUUUCAAAAAUGAAAUAAGAAUAAGAAAUAAGUAGAAAAUGUGAUUGGAUAGAUUCUUGUCAAGAUACUACCUGAAAGGUUAUGAAACUACCAGGCUGUCAAUGUAAAAAAGAAACAAGCAUCUGUUUUGAGUGUAUCAACUGAAUUAAAAUUCUGACAAAUGGAGGAACCUCGUCACCUCUGUAUAAUAUCUUAGAGGGAUACAAUUUUGCUUUAAAACCUCAAUGUUUUGUGAAGACUGGAAAGGCCCUAAAGAACCUGAAAUAACUUCUUUAGGGGCAGAUAUGGUGAAUUAAAAUGAACAGCCUGUAUAAAUCUGUCAGGCAUGUCUGAUAUGUUUUGUUUCAUAGUAUUCAUUUGUGCGUUUAGAUGAAAAAUACUCUAGUUUGAGCUUAAAGAAAGGGUAUUGUGCUUAUUUAUGGUUUCUAUUGUCCCCUUGAUAGCAUGUUAGCAGCAGUACACGAGUUACAGUUCAACAAAUUCUUGCAUCUCCAGAAAACCUUGAAAAAAACCCUCAUUUCAGUUUUUAUCUGAGACAGACACUGUCCUUUUAAGCCCCCCAAGCAUUCCAGAACCCAGCUUUCUGGAAGCCUCCUUCACUGUUGCCAUGCUACAAAGUUAUAUUACUUUUUAUAAAAUGAAAAAUUUGCCCUUUUAAGGAGAUUCAAUGCCUGUCUGGUGAUCAUGGAGUAAUUCUCAUAUGAACCUCGCUGAACUCUAGCGUGACAUUUUUAACAAGCCACUUAUGCUGCGUUUGAGUUACCACAGCAGUUAGGUGUCGGAGCUGAAAAUGACGUCACACCCGAGUCACCAGCGUUUCAGUUACCAAGUCGGUAAAAAGCAAAAUCGGAGGCAGAAACAAGAUGACUACAUCUGCGAAAGUUAUUGUAGCGCUUGCAUGUCGGAAUAUAAGGCAAGCGCUAAAAUAACUUUCCGAUUCCGCUUUUCUCAGACUUGGUAACUGAAACGCUGGGAAGUCGGGUGUGACGUCAGUAUGCUCCGACAUCUGACUUCCGAGGUCACUCAAACGCAGCAUUAGAGCACCCAGUAGUCCCAACUGGAGAUUACUUCAACACAUAUUAACCUUGCAGUCUGAAGCCUCACUGACACCCAACAUUUAACUUAACGUUUGUUUUUUAAGAUAUGAAAAAUCAUAGUAGCACCUCUUAAAUGUCCAAAAUAAUUAUACUUGUAUUGUAUAAAUAGUGUCUCAUUAGUACAGUUGUGGAAUGAGGUGCUGUCAUUUGGUUAUUUCUAGAACGUAAAACUUUUUUUAUGCUGACAGAGUAAAGGGGGAGGUGAGUCACAUGUACGACACAGAUGGAUAGGAGAACAUAAAGAGGGAGUUUAAAUUGUCCAUGUGUCAGGACAAAAAGACCCUGAGCGUUUAGUUUUAGGUACUUAAGUCCUGGCGGGGUGUAGUAGUGAAUGAUGUGUCUCAUUUGGUUCUCUGCUUGCCGUUUGUCAAAGGGUUCAGUUUGUGCCCAGCCAUGCCCUCUUGGCAAAUACGGCAUCAACUGCAGCAAGGACUGUUCCUGUCGUAACGGCGGCACAUGCAGCCACGUCACCGGGCAGUGCAAGUGCGCAGCGGGCUUCAGUGGACGCAGGUACGCAGCGGGAAACCUCUGAUACACGUGUUGCUGAAUUAUCACACUAUAAAAAUUCUAUGCAAAUGUUUGUAUUGUGUCUUUGCAAUUGGGUCGGAAAUGGCAUUAUUUAUUGAUGUAAAGGCAAACGUAUGGUUUCCUGCCGACAAUCACUCAUUGACCUAUUCUCUUUGUUGACAUCCAAUUAGACACAAACCUGGCUGUUCUUUCCACAGAAAAGGGAAAUACUGGAGUUAUUUCACACUCAAGAGAAAUGGGCAUUUAAAAACUUCCCAUCAGUUCAUCUGAAGGUGGAUUGGAAGCUUUUAAUAGUUGUGUUUAUGUUUAAUUAAUCUUGUACUUCACGCUGGCCAGUUUGGUUUCAUGUCUUCAGCCUUCAUCCUCCUCCUCUCCCUGCCUGUCCAUUGAUCUCACCAUGGGCUACAUGCUGUUUGGAUUCUGCUCAUUAAUUAUAAGUAAUGGGCUUAUAUUAAGGUCUCAUUGAAAUCCACAGAUCUUUUCAGUUCCCCGUGCCUGCCAGAGCAGCCCAGAGCAGCCCAGGUUUAUUAGUUCAGCCAAAGCAAUUGUCUCUGGAUAGAAACACUUCCUCGACAAGACCUUUCCUUUACUUUAUUAUUUUGCAAAAUUGCCCUCAUUCAUUUUGUCAGUGGCAGGUGAAUUAACCUGCCAGGAAUAAUCUGAGGUUGUGCUAGCCUGCACCCUCUGCUGUCUCCUAUAAUAAUACCAUCAUCCCCAGAUGAGACUAAAGCCGGGGUAAUUUAAACAUGAAACAUAACUCGCCCAUUUUAUUAUGUAAUUGAGCUAUUUGUAAUAGCUUUGUUAGACUCUUGAGAUUGAUACUCCUCCAGGAUUGUAUGGUUGAGUCAGUAUAUUUAAGCGAAGAAAAAAUCCAAUUUUUGAUCUACUCCACUGCUUCAUGUAGAGUAAGUCUUGCUUUUCUAAUUUCUCUGGUUGAUGACGAUCCCUAAUUCUAAUCAGCCCUGCAGAGAGAGUCCAGUCUUGACUGCAGGGGGCUUCCCUUAGAGCUCCCUGUCAUGUACGACUUCAAACCUGACCACUUCAGCUCUGAUAUCUUUUUCCAUUUUCAAAUUAAAUAUUCACUGUAUAAUUUAUGAACCAUAAUGAAUCAAAAUCAUAGUUGUCAAAUGUGUUUUAAGCUUACAGACACUUUUAUACCAACAAUUUUUAAGAGAGGUUGAGUUAUGUUUUUAUAUUUUUUUCAAAAGCAAGCACUGAUUUAAGAGCUUUAAAGAAAAACAACAUGAGCGGUGAUAAGCUACUGUACCAGAGGGGUAUAAAGAGGGCAUGGUGGGAUGAGUGGUUCUGUCGUGUAACCUUGUGCAAGCCUGCGUCGUUCUUACAAGACAAGUAGAGUCUGUAAGGAGAGCUGCAGACAAGAGAGAGCUCACCAGCUGAAUCUAGAGGCGAGGGGAAGUGAGUUUUAAAAAACAAUCUCCAAAUUUUUGAACAAACUCAAACUAUUUUAAUAUUUGUUGAAGGCAAACUAAGGUGCAAGAAGCAAGUGCUGACCUCUGGGUUCUUCCAAUAUGUUCUUUCAAGCUGUUGAUUGAAUAUUUUUUUAAAAAGUGUUUUUCAACUUGGAAAGGUAACAGUUUCAAAAUAAUUGUGGAUUUCAGUCACAUAUUUGGCAAAUAUUCAAAAUAGAGAAAACUUUGAAGUUUUACUUAAGAUGUGUAUUAUUCAGCUGUGUCGGUAUAUUGACACAAACAUGUAUUACUGCUAUAACUUAUCUUAAAUACUGUUAUUUUUAGUCCUUUAUCAUUAUUAAAGUGUUAUAAAAUAUAACUUACCAAACCCCUCAUGAUUUUUUUGUCAUCUUUUAUUUAUUUGACUCAUCAUUCUUUAUUAUGAGCAUUUACAAAAUGUUGAAAAAAUUUGCAAGUCCAAAUAUGGGCAAGAGAUUGAGACCCUGAAGAUGUUUAAAUUAAACAAAGGAGAACAUUUGCAAACCUCAACAAAUAAAAACACAUGAUAUUAACAUUCUGCUUCACUGUAUGUCUUUGUAAGUUAAUUUGGAUCAACUUAUCUUAAGAAUUUCACAUGUCUCAAAGGGGUUUUGAACAGUCUGAUAAGUAAAACUCUAUUUUUAGUUUUACUUUCUGUAAAUUUCUGAAUAGCUGACUAAUUGUUUCAGUGACAGUGGGUCCAGUUUAUCAUUUGUACUGUGGUGCUCUCACCUUUGUAACAUUUGAAGUACAUGUAACCAGUCUUCACACUUUUCUUUCAAAUACUUGACAUUUAAGAGGCACCAAUUUAAAAGACAAUGUCAUUUCCCACCAGGUGUCAGGAUGACUGUCCGGUGGGCACCUUCGGUCCGCAGUGUAACCAGAAAUGUGAGUGUCAGAACGGAGCCAAGUGUCACCAUAUCAAUGGAGCCUGUCUGUGUGAGACGGGCUUUAAAGGCCCUAAUUGCCAAGAGAGAUUCUGUCCUCCGGGCCUCUAUGGCCUCAUCUGUGACAAGUACUGCCCCUGUAAUACCAGCAACACCGUGAGGUAAGUGAGACAUCAGCGAUAUACCACACACAGUCUGCAGGCCUGCAGCUAAGCCCCCUGCAGCGCCAUAUGAAUAAACUCAUUUCCAACCCAGAUUUUGUUUCAAGCCGGCUCUCAUUCGGAGUCUGGACACCACCACCAUGUCAUCCAGUUAGCUUUUAAUCGCGACCUUUGCUUCAUUCAUAAUUUCUGAGCUGCAUUCAUAGUUAAUGCAAUGUUAAUGCUCUGAUUCCGGCUGGAGUUGGGCACCGACCGUAGAAGUCAUUACAGACCGAAGGAGAAAAGAGACACCUCAUCUAUCUGAAACUCGCACGUAGACACACAGAUGGAUGAAUUGCUGUUGGCACAGACUUCCCACUUUGACCCUGCUCACCAAUGAAGUGUUGAUACUCUGCUGGAACUUCACCUCACUCCUUUUUCUUCCCGCUGUUGUCCUGUUUUCUUUUUCUCAUUAUGUUGUAGCUGCCACCCUCUCUCUGGUGAAUGCACCUGCUCUGCUGGAUGGACGGGGCUCUACUGUAAUGAGACCUGCCCGCCUGGGUACUAUGGGGAGGGAUGCAUGUUGUCUUGCAGCUGCACCAAUGGAGCUGACUGCCAUCCCGUCACAGGUGCCUGUAUAUGUGCCCCUGGGUUCAUGGUGAGUAACAGAUACUGCCAUAAUUGUGUAUACGCCACUGGCUGCUAUAAUAUUGACGCCUUAUUGUUAACUCAGAUGCUGAAUGUACUAAUUUAUAUAUCAUUAUUUCACCUAAAUACACUCAAUUAAAUAAAAAAAGCACAAAUAAUAAUAUUAAACAAAAAAAAGAUGGCCUUAUAUAAUGGAAAUAAAGCAAAAAUAAGAAUUUAAAGAAUGGCAAGACUUGAUCGACAGAAAACAAAAAGAAUCUUGAAAUACAUUUAAAACACAUUAGAAACCCUCCAUCAUUAUUUAACACAUUGCCACUAUGCGCUCGCUUUUUAAUUUAAUCACUACUAUAAUUACGGAGCGUCAACUCCUAAUUAUGCUAUUGGUAACAUUCAUUUUUCAUGAAGCUGUCAUAGGUUAAUUGUCUUUGUAACCUUGCUCCUUGUAAUCUAUGUUAUCCUUUCUUAAACCUGUAGUUCAUUAAAUAAUAAUGAUGAAAAUAGAGUUAUAUGAGGGAUUCAGUGUUUUGUCUGUAAUCUGACCGGACCAAAAUGCUGCGAAAUGUUUAAUCCUUUUAUGUCACCAGCGUUACUUAAAGGUUGUUGCUUUGAUUUAUUUUUCAUGUCAUUUGUGGCUCUUGUAAAAACGUUUGCGUCAUUGUCGUCGGACACUUCUGGAAGAGGUCCCAGUAUCAAUUGAGAAGCUUUUUUUAUGCACAGGCAGGCAGAUACAAGAGGAGGUAGUUUAUUAUUGUGUUGUUAUGGAUGUUCUGUAUUGCACCCUGAGAACUUCUUUGCAAAAUGAUCCAUUCUCUCCAGCAGAAAGCUGCAGACCUCAAUAAUCAGUUUUGUGUUUUUUCCAAACGGAUGAUUUGCCAUAACUUGUUGCACAACACAGACAAGUCGAGAGGGAAAGUUUAGAUCUUUAAUCUCAGACAUAUUGGGGUGAAGUGUAAUCUUUGACCCAAAUAUUUCUCUAGUAGAGUGGCUUUUGCGCCGCUAUUUUGUCCCCUUUUUACGACUGUCAAAUUAGCUCUGCAGCUUCAAUCAGUUCACCUAUUGUAUUUCUUGUCUUGCAAUCUGAAGUUACAGAGCAACAGAGACCGAGGAGGUACAUUUCUGCCAACAUUACAUUUCAGUGGAAAUUGCCUGUGUCUUACAGCGGGCCACUGUGGUGAAUUGAGCUAGCAAGCGGGGCCGCAGACUGUGUCUUAAUUUGCUCCACCUGUUCUCUUUGGCGGCUGCUGGGAAGGGCUGCCAGAUCCAUUAAACAGACCUAGAGGGCAAGAGCUGGAUAGAAAAGGAGGCAGUCAGAUGGGAGCAGACACACCUCAUAUGGAGGAUUGGUGUGAGUGUGUGCAUGCGUGUGUGCGAAUGUGUUGAAACAGCCAGGGAAGGGUUGAAUACUCACGGUAGUUUUUUGAUACAUAUAACAAAGCACCCGCUGUGCAAACAACUCUGGAGUGUAGCGGUGCGAUUAUGAGUCGUACCUGUGAUUGUGUCUCUUAUUUUCACAUGCACAGUGCAUAAUUAUUAAAACGCUUUUUAACGUGGUUGAUGACGGCAUUGGGGGUGUGAUUGCUGGUGAAGUCACUUCCCCGGGGGACAGCUGAUAGCACUAAUCCUCCCUACUGCAUCUUUGUUCAGGACUCCCAUCGGGGGGCAAACCAAGCAAAGUGUUGAAGCCUGCACGCUUGAUUUAGCCCUAUAAUUGGACAUGCUCUUUUUGACAGGGACAAAGUGAUUACAUGUUACCUAUUCAGGCAUUGUCCAGCUCAGUAUGCAGCAUACAACCACAGUCACAUUUCCUCUCGGUGUGUACAGUUAACACCGAUUUCUGCUGCACCUGAAAUAUGGUUGUAUAAGGAAUGGAUUCCAGCCUGGGUUUUGUAGGAGGUGAAAACAAAUCAUUUCCCUAUCUCUCAGGGCUUUCUAGCUUCAUCAGAAGGUUCAGAGGUUCAUUGUGUGUCUUGCUGCAUGAAUUUUAAACUGCAGUCACUCAUCCGGCAGUUAGAUGAACUGUUCAGGAGUGAGACUGAUUGGUAAUUAGUAGUGCCAUUUGCAUCUAGUCUCAAUGGACACCAGGCUGAUCAAUGUUGUGUCAGUGAGAGGCUUUCUGGAAAAAAAAGCCCUCCAAUUACAUUAAGAUACUAAUAGGUAUGAAUUUAGUGCCUCAGCCAAGGACGACCUGGCUGCCGCAGGUUCGGCUGCUCCUUCCUGGGCUGUGUUAGUUAUGUAAGGUCCUGCUGCUCUCGUGCGGUGGACUGACAGGCCGUGUAUUAAUAAUGAUUCUCUACAUACAGACUUCUUUCCUUCGCAGCUCAGAAGGAAUAUGAAUCAGUCAGCUAAUGAGAGAGCUGCCUUUCCCCUCAUGAGAGCGGACCAACCAGCGGUCUCUGCACCGCGAGGGUGAAACCAAGUGGAGUCCAACGCAGCCAAGGAUGCAGCAAAAUCCAUGUGGUCAUUUGUGGCCGCGUGACGUUUUAUCCACGAGUCCAGUGACCAGUAAAUUGCCUUUGCUCUGCAGACAGGCUGAACCUGUCCCCAUCCCCAUCCUCCGCCUCAACCCCACCCCCGGCUGGUCGAACUCCUCUCCGUUCUUAACAACUGUAACUGAACUGCUAUUGUUAGCAGUCUUGAAGCUGUCAUUUUCAGUAGAACAAAGGUUAUUGCAACCGAUUGAUAAAAAUUUCAUUCACAGCCGGUCGCUUUCAUGUGGUGUACGGGGAGGAGAGAUGUUUUAAGAUGUGUGUUCUGCCCCCGGCGUCCAUUGGCACAUCUCCUCCUGCCUCCUGUUUAAACUCAGUUCAAAAUGAUAAUGAGAGCAGUGAGCAGCCAGCAGUCCCUCGGUGCUCUGGUGAGCGAAGCAAGAGCCACUCAGGACUCCUCUGGGCCGCUAAUUGGAACUCUAAAUCAUUGUGUCACCUGUCACUCAACGCCGGGAUUGGAAGGGAGGGUGUGAGGAUCCGCAGACUAACUGUGAUCUCCUGCUUCGAGAGGGGCGAGACUAUCGGAGGUGGGCUGUGCUCAGCCUUUUAAAGCAGGGAAAUUCUAAUGACCGCAGGCUGCAGAGGACAGGGGUGGGGUGAAAUCCCUGUCCUCUACCAGUUCAUCCACUCGAAUGCAAAGGUUAGGAGUUUAAAGCCUGGUCCAACAUGGCUGCCCUCCUCCUGUUGGUGUGCGUAUUAAUAGUCGAUUAAGAGUCCACCACAGCCUGUACGGAGUGUCUUCUGGAUCCUGCUGUUUCUCUGUCGACCCACAGAGUUUAUUUUUUAGUUUUACACCAACCUGCUUUUUUCUCCUCAGUUUGGUUUUGUCAUGUUUUCAUUCUUUGUACUCUGUACUCCCACUGCCGGCCUAAAGAGGGUGUGUGCUCCCUCUGAUUUUCAUAGUAUAGCCAGUUGCUGUUAAAGGGGGCUUUGGUGAGAAAUUAACAUUAUACCCCUCAGAUGUCAUUCUCUUUGUGCUGUCAGCCUAACCAAACAGCAGGGGGCGUUAAUGAGGAGACAAAAACAUGAACCUCAAACACUGUCAGUUGUGCCCGUUGGGAUUUUUGGAUAAGAUGGGGAAUUGGAUUUCUGUCUUUGAGGUAGCUGGGGAGACUUUUGUGCAGUACCUCGCUGCAUCAUGGAUUUUUUUACUCUUUAAAGUGCUUGUCACUUUUUUCUUGAAUAUGUCCCUGCCUCUCUUGGCUGCAGAAAAUAAGAGAUAAAAACACAACUUUUGUUUUGCUGUAUAACAACGACUAGUUUGACAGAAGGCCAGAAAAAGUAAUAGUUUAACUGAAGUCUGAGAACGAAGGCGUCUGGACUCUGGCAUCUAAGUUCAGCCUGUAUAUAAGAGGAGGGGCUGAUCAGCGUUAUUUCAAUAUGCUGAGUGUUUCUAGUAGUGUGUGUUCUCGGCUGUAGGCAAACUCGAGUGCUUUGAGAGGUGCCUAUAAAUAAAAAGCAUUUUUAUUAUUGUAUGGAGCACUUUAGUGGCAUAAUCGGCUCAAUGGUUUCGAAUGAGUUCCUUCCUCUUUAGCUUUACUUACUUUGAUCCAUCUCUCCAUCUACUCAUUUUCUCUGAUCCAUCUUGAAUACAGAAACUGUGCACCUGUUAAAACUAAAACACCUGGCCACCAGCUUUGCUGACUGAACUCUUCCUGUAUCGAGUUAGCCAGGGUCAGCCUUUAUCGCAAUGCUGAUUCUUCACCUCGUGAUUUUUCCAUCUCUCCUCUUCAGGGUGAGGAUUGUGCGACAGUCUGUCUACCUGGUUUGUAUGGACCAAACUGCAUGUCCACCUGCUCCUGUCACAAUCAUGCCUCCUGCUCACCUGUCGACGGAUCCUGCAUCUGUAGGGAAGGUACGGUAAAAAUGAAUCAUGGUAAAGAAUGACAGCAUCUCCUUAACUUUGUACUGAAUAGUCUGUAAUCACACUUUUACACAAAACCAUCAUGUUCUUAUGUUGCUUUUUUGACAUAAUGUAUUAUUAAGAACUGCAAGUUGACCUCUGCCUGUCAUUUAUACACUAAAUAUAUCACACAGAGUUUUCAAAACAAGUUAGUUUUUUUGCUGUACUGUUUUGUUUGUUAUUGUCUAUUUAGUUAAUUAAAAAAACCAAUUAGAUGUAAUUUUUGUAGCGCUUUUCAUUUAGGUUAAUAUAAAAUAAAUUGCUUCCUACACACACCAACAUAAACACACACAUAGAGCAAUACAAAGGUUAAGUAGAACUGUACUAAGUGCACUCAAAGAAACCUAAAUUCAGAUAAAAUAAAAUAAAAAUUAAAACACAAACUGAUGAAAAAUUAACAUUUCUUCACAGCUAGAUGUCUUUAGAGGCAGAAUUUGAUAUUACACUUAUUCUGUAAUAUACUACUUCCCCCAGAAGUGAAUAAUACUCAAAUAUAUGUCAUUGUAAAUAAAACUAAAGUAAAGAUCAGAAUAAAGAGUUCAUAACAAUGUUUUUGUAACAUACAAACCUAUUGGUCUCCUAAUUUUGGAACCUUUGAAAGGGGGACUCUGUAUAAGAGAUUAUAACCAGAUCAUGAGUGUGGGAUUCAAGCAGUACAACCAAAGACGGAGGUUAUCUUCGCAGACUGUUUAAACUCAAAUAGAUUAAGAGGCCUUGAAACUGUGAAAAUAUCCCAUAUUUCAUGGACAGAAGCUCCACUUCAAGAUAACAAAACCUUAAAACGACCAUGAACCAUGAUGACCCUCCUUAGUGUCCCCUCUCCUUUUCCUGUUUCUUUCAUUCCUCGACUUUCUCUCAUUAGAAAGACCGAAAGGUACACCAGAAAGUAAUUAUUAGAACAGCACAGCCUUAUAGAGAAGAUGUAAAGUCUGCUGCCAUGGCAACAGCUCUAUCAGGCUGUACUUCUGAGUGGAGUUGUGCUUAGCAGAUUGUUGUAGUGUAUGUUUUGCAAAAUUGCAGAGAUUUGUUAAUUAGCACUUUGCAUAAACAACAACUCAGGCUGAUUGGAUAUCAUUGGAUUUGCAAUUAUUUGGAAAACAAAAACUAUUGAGUGCUUGAUGGCGUUUGGGAAAAAAAGCUGAGAACUCACCAAGCUUUGCAAGUCAUUUUAGGAGAAAUCAAAACAAAUGUAUAAAAGAAUAUCUCAACUCAAGCAUCACAAAUUUUGGACCUAAUGUUGAAGCUAGACCAACAAGUCUGCAGAAGCUAUCCUCAAAGAAUCAAAAGACAAUUUGCAGUUACAGGCCAUCUACAGUAGUGCUCAGAUAUAAAGUGGUUGAGAGAAGAAUUUUCCCUCUAUAGGCACUUAAGGAAAAAAUUCAAUUCAAAAAACUAUAUUUGUCCCCAAGGGCCAAUUAUAAGGCCAUAGAGCAGCGGUAUGUGAGAGAACAGAAGUAGCACAAAAAAGGGAGUUUUGUAUAAAAAUACAGUAAGAGCUGCAGCAGAGAAUGAAAAGAUUCUAGCAUCACUAAGAUCUGUAGGAUUAAAAAAAAAAUCAGCUGAAAAUGGGAUCCAUCAGUUAUCUAGUUGUUGAGAAAUUUUGGUCCACGAUGGAGGAAAAAGUUCAAAAAGUGCAGCUGCAUCCAAGAAUAUUCAUUUAAAAUGACAUAUUAACACCCCGAUGUGUCUGUGCUUCUUCUGUCCAGGCUGGCAGGGUGUGGACUGCUCCAUCCUCUGCUCCAGCGGCACAUGGGGUCUUGGCUGUAAUCAGACAUGUUUGUGUGCCAAUGGGGCUGCAUGUGACCCUGUAGACGGUACCUGCACAUGUUCUCCAGGGUGGAGGGGGGAGCAUUGCGAUGAAUCUUGCCCUGUAAGUCGGCUUUUCGCCUGAGUGGGUGAAGCAAAGACCUGAAAGCAUUUAGGUUUUAACAGUUUUUUUUUUCUUUUUUUUUUUUUGUCGUUUCCAGGAUGGCACAUAUGGGUUAGAGUGUCGAGAGCGCUGUGACUGUAGCCAUGCUGAUGGCUGUGAUCCUGUGAGUGGCUACUGCCGCUGCUACCCUGGCUGGACUGGUGAGUACUGACAUCCCAGCAGGCGGGAAAAAAAAUGACCGCCUCGGUCUAAACUGCAUGCAUUUAUCCUCAAUCAAAAACAUCAGAUGCUAGUCAGAUGUAUUUGUUUUUCCCAAACUGGAAAAUAUGCCGGGGCAAUCAGGGUUUGUGUUUUACAGUGUGUGUUUACAGAAUGUCUAAGCAGUGUUUUGUUAAUUAAAUGUUCAAUUUGUUUUGCUUCUGAGCCGGCGGGUUGUGUGCAUGAGAAAUGUGCAUAAAUGAAUUCUCUUGGCUAAGGCAUUGAAUGCUGCCAUGCAAUCAUGCUUAUAUUGCAUCAAUUACUGGUUACGCACAUCAUCCAAAGAGAGUCACAAGAUAAAUAUUUGGAGACAGAAUCAAAUUAUCAGCCCAGAAAACUCUCAGGAGUAUUAAAUAUGGCCUAUGAUGUUUUGAUUUUGGCACUGGAGAUUAUUUUAAGUUCCAGGUUGUUGUAAAAUCUGACUGAACUAUCAGCUAUAUUUAUUCGUCUGGGAUUCACUCUUAGUCUUAUAGUCUCUUCGACUUAACCCGAUUCCCUCUAGACACGUAUCCCUAGUUCGAACUUGAACAUAUGUUUGCUUUUUGUUUCUUGUCAUUCCAAAUGUUUGCUUAUAGGGAAAGACGUGAAGGUAGGAAAGUGUGAAAGUCACCGCAGGAGUGGGGAUCAUUAUGCUCCAAAAAUGAAGCGUCACAUCUGAAUGUCAAAUAGAAGGGGGGGCUAGCAGAGGACCUGGUCUCUGAGCCUGGGUGGAGAGGUGCAGUCAGGGAGGGAAUAGAUUUCAGCAGGAAAGGUCAAGCCUGUGGGCUCUCAGCAGCCCACUCCAUUCAGCCUCCUGAGCUCAGGGCAUUUAUUCUGGGAAACAAUGUGGGUUUUAUUAUCUGCAAGAACGGAGGCGGCAAAACGGGCCUCUCAUGCUCUGAAUCCUGCACAGGUCGGGACCAUCUGUCAGCCGUAAUUGAGUCACAGGGGUGCAGGGCUGGGGGCAACGUGCAGCCCAGUGGGCCAGACAAAUACACACUAACUCACACACAUACGUUCUCGUCUUGUAGGGGCUUAUCAAUAGGCUCUCUGAGGGCAGGAGCACCUAGAGAGAGAUGAAGAUGUGGGAUUUAUCACAGGAGGAAGUCAAGGAUGGAAUAAAACGCCCAUUUGCAGAAACACUGGAGCUACUUUUUGCUGUAAACACUGUCAUAUCAACAUGCAUGCCAGCUCCAGAGUUUGCAUGGCAUCCUACUUUGCUUUCCACUUGUUUGGUUUUUGCUUAAACUGUCAAGAGGCUUGACUCGGGGAGUGUGUGGUUAAGUCGUCUUUGACCCACACUGUUGUUGCUGAACUGUCGUAAGCCUGACAUCAGCCAACAUAGAUGUGAAAAAAACCCAGAGAGAUGUGACCGUACACUUGAUGCUUGUCCCUGUUAAAGAAGCCUUCACCUUUUAGUUCUGAAGAGGUUGCAUGCCAUAGAGCAGGUAAUGUGAGUGUGUGUUUACAUGCACUGAGACAGAGAGCGAGGUUUGCUUUGCUCCGCUCGCUCUGUACAAAUUGGAUAGCGAGACCUCUGGCACUUCUCUGCGAAAAGCUUCCUUUGAAGAGACUUCAGCGCUGGCUUCUCUCACUCUUUCUUCUCCUUCGCUCACUAGGCACCCAAAGCCCCUCUGUUUGUCACCAUUAGACUGAAAAAUGUGAUGCUCUGUCCGCAUUCAUUUUCUGACAGUAAAGGCAGCCGCAGUGUUUUUUCUUCCUGGCCUAGCAGAACCUCAAACAAACUCGCACAAGCCUUGCCCUCCUUUUGAAGUCCAUGGCUUGGCUUCUGAGUAAAUCACUGCUACCAUGCCCCCUCCUCAUCAGCACCAACAUUUCCUCUCUUUUACACUUCCAUUCCAGCCCUAAGGCUGCCUGAUUACUGUAUAACAUCAGUCCCCAGAGUUUAGUCCAGGUUUAAUUCAAAGGUACUGCUCUUGUGCUGCUUUAAUGGCUGCACCAUUCUUAGAUAUUCUCACUCAAAGGAAAUUUAAAAUGAGGCUUCGAACUAAGGGCUGCUGCUCAAGAGGUUGCAGAGUUUGUGUGUCCCCAAGUGUGUGUGUGUGUGUUUGCAGUGUAUACACAGCAAUUCUGUCCCAUUCUUUUCUGAGUGCAGGAUUUAGAGAAAACACAACACUUUGGUGGAUGUUAAAGUAUUCAUGUGCACGGUUAGGGCCCUGUAUCAAUGCCGUAUUUAACUUGUGUUAUCUCUGACCUGUGCCAAAUACACAGCGACACUUUCACGCUGUGUUCCCAUAGAUUGGGGUAGUGAACAGAGCUGAAAAGGAGCAACUCAAACUCUGCUGAAGAGAAUAGGAGGCAAGCUGGGCCCCUCUAGAGAUCCAGCCCUGUUAAUCAACAUAGCACUGGCAGGGAGCCUCCGUCUGAUCAAAAAUAAGAUACAUUUUGAGCAGAGAAAUAGACUCUGAAAGAUGGGCUGAACAAUGAAGACACAAAGUACAGCUGCUAUAUUAAAGACCUACUCCGAUGAAAAUUAUGCUGUCAUUGUUUUUUUGGAAGUUCAUAUGGAAUUUUUCUGAUGCUAGAGGACAUAUCAUGAGAAAACUGAGUGCGAAAUUGCUUUUCUGAGUAUUUCUACAUUUAAAUCGCUGUGACCUCUGGCAGACCCAAACGGCAGGUUCAGAAACAGUCAGUGCGUUUACAUGCACAGCUUAAUCGGAUUAGGCUCAUAAUGCGUUUUUUUUUUUUUCACCGAAUCGGACUUCUUUCCUUGUCCGCAUACACAUGCAGCUAAGAAAAUCGAAUUAUUGACGUGAACGUGUCCUCCUCCCCAAAACUAGGGGGCGAUAUGGGCCUUUCAGCGGCACUGAUUCCAACCCCAAACAAAUGUCAACAACAACAGCAGGUCCGUGCCAGACGUCUACAACUGCUGCUGGGCAUUUUACAAACAAGAAGAUGGAGCAUCGUACAGCGUUGUUUUUGUCAUACACGCUAAGUUUUCUGUACAUGAGGUGCACACUACUCCUUUUCACUGGUGUUUUUAUUCUGGGGUUAUGGCGGCGUGGCGCAUGCGCACAUGCAUUGCCCAUCAUACUCCGACUACGCUGGUUACAUAGUAGAGAAAAUUGAAUUCCAAUCGCAUUAUCUGGGUGUCUUAAUUAUAAUCAGAGUUCUCAAACUCCGAUUUUAGUUGGACUAAGGUGUUUACAUGCAUUUCAGUUGUCCGGUCUUAAUCAGAGUAAGGCAACAAUUCUGUUUUCUCGAAUGUCAUGUAAACGUACCGAGAUUUCAUACGUAACCAAUCCAAGCUCCGCCCCCAGAGCCCAGCUAUGCAGGCCAGGCUCAGAGAAAUAAAGAGGACGAUCGUAGAACAAGCGUGUCCGUUAGCGGAUUGCAAUCAUAAUCACAAUUUAAAGACCACUGAGAACACUUAAAGUAGUAAAAAAAACAAUCGGAGUGGGACUCCAAGGGUUAAAAUCUAUUAAAAAGCCUUGCUAUGUGAAUAACCCUUCACAGAUCCACAUGGUACCAUUGUGUGUGCUUAUCUUUGAUACCAGGGUGCUACAUUAAGUGAGUGAUUUAAUGUAUUUUUGUCUUUGCACUUUGCUAAAGAUGGAUUUUCUGUGAUGUUCCUGCAGGGAUCCACUGUGAUAAUGUGUGCCCACAAGGCUUCUGGGGACCUAACUGUUCAGUCACCUGCUCGUGUCAGAAUGGCGGCUCCUGCUCCCCAGAGGAUGGCACUUGUGUGUGUGCACCUGGAUACAGAGGGACCUCCUGCAAAAGAAGUGAGCCUUCCCCCCUCUUUCCUCUACGACCUCUCUUCCCAAACCCUUUCAAAAUAACAGCACGAAACUGUGCAGGAACUCCAUCACAGCGUUGACCUUGCUUUGAUCUUUGAAGAUUUGUUGAAGGGGUAUUGUGGGCUCAGGGAAGCACUCAGAUGUCGGUCAAAACUGCUGGAGUGUGAACCCUUCAUCACUGCUAUCACUUAAUCACAGUGUCUGUACCCCAACAGCAGCCCCCUCAGACAAGCGCACUCUCUCUCACACACACACACGCCCUCCUUAGCCCAUCCAGUCCGUCCUCAACAACCAACUCACAGCGGGAAGCUCACACUCCUCACCCAAGGCUCAUCAGAGGGUGAGCUCACUGGGAGUGCGAGCUCUGCUUUCUGAAUGGGGGUCUGUCUGCCGUCGCUCUCGAGUGAUGAGCUCACUGAUUGGGAGUGAAAUUCAAAGUCACAAACGUGUAAACAUCAAUUUGAGAGAGUGAGUCGAGGGACUCGAACGAGUGUGUGUGAAAAUCAUUACUUCUCCUAAUUUAAUGUCUACACAGAUAAUAUAUUCCUCAGGUGUAAACCUCAACUGUAGUUUUGCUGUUUUUCCUGCGAGUGGAAACUUAAACAGGAGGAUUAUAUGCGUCUCCUGAGGCUGAUUAAGUUGUAUCACACCUGCUGAUCUCUAUCAUUCAAAGCCAGUUGGGUAAAAUUAACAUCGUACUGUUGUCAGAAAUAGCCAAGGUUGUUUUUGUCCCUCCUCAAAGGAGUCUUGUGUUGUUAAUAUCUAAUUUCUCCUCUGAGACUUGUAAUAUCUGUGUCGGUCUUCCCCUAUCAUCUAACCUUUGCUUCAAAGGCUCUCCCUGUGCCUCAGCAUAUGAGAUGUCUUUUUUUACUGUAAGUUGAAAUAUCUUAUCAGGGCUGCACAGACUGUGCUCUUUGUUUAAAUAUUAGUAAAAUUGCAUUUCUACCACCCUGAACUUCUUUUUAUGAUCCCCAUUCUUUCCAUAAAACCGGCAUUAUUAACGCACGGUUGUGUUUCCUGACGUUUAUAGAUCAUCAAGCUGCUCUCAAGCCUCAACAUAAAACAGAUUUCACGAUUCUCCCAACUAUUUUACUAUUUAUUCUCUGGCAGCAGAUGAAACGGGAGUGAUUACAAUAAAGACUGGCUCUUCUGCUUCGCCCUCCCACCGCUGUCUGUGCAGUUUUAAUUCUCUCAGCUAUGAUUUUACUCGACUCCCUCGAUCGCUCUUGUCAUGCCCGGUUUUACCGUAACAUACCUCUCGUGCAAUGCAACAUUUGACUGACUCUAUCUCCUCUCCCAUCAUGCUUUGCAGUCUGCUCUCCGGGGUUCUACGGGCACCGCUGCAGUCAGUCGUGUCCACAGUGUGUGCACAGCACUGGCCCAUGCCAUCACGUCACGGGCCACUGUGAGUGCCUCUCCGGCUUCACUGGCUCUCUGUGCAACCAAGGCAAGUAGUCCUCGGAGACUUUUUGACCUUUUCAUGCAGUUUCUCUUUCUAUAAGAAUCAUUCACGGUGAAGAGUUCGAUGUUAUUACCAGAAAGCUGUGAGAACAGUUUAAACUAGAACACAUGCAGACAUUUGUCUUGAUAAGACAGCAGAAAAUCUCUAUUUAAUUGUAAAGAAAGAAAAACAGUUUAUCUCAGAGAGUCGCCUCAUAUUUUUGUAGAUUGGAAUCAAAAUGACAGGGUGUUACAUAUUGAAGAGAUGCUGAUGCCUUCGGUUUCAUAUUUUCUAUAAGGAUUAAUUCAUAUUUAAAAUAAACUCCUGUUGCAGCAUUUUGAGACGACACCUGUAUGUUUUUCGCUUGUGCAGUCCUCGCUGUGCUCAGUUUCCCUAAUAGGAUCAACAGAUGACCUGCAGCCUCUCCCACUGGCAUCUUAGCCCUGCAACUUUGAAUAAUAGCUAUUAUCACUGCUCCCCAGAUUAGACUAGAAAAACUCACCUUCAACAGGAGCCCUGAAUAUUGCUAAAGCCAGCAAUUUUACACAAAGAAUGAUGUCAUGGAAAUGUUGGUGUUCCUCUCCCUGACAGACAGCUUUUCUUCAUCCAGGAGGAGCAGUGUUUCCUUUACAAACAGACAAAGAAAUUACACACAUGCAUGCAUAUUCUUGUUAAAUUUAAUUUGAAGACAACCUGGGAAAGUUUUUUUUCUUUCAGUUGUGCUUCAAAGAUGAUGUUUGAAUUUCACGGCGAGAUCUUGCAUAGAGGGAAAAGUUUGCAGCCUGUGUUUUUACCUCAGCGGAUCCUGUUUUAAGCUGAAAUUUGUUUGAUUCCAUUUAUCCAUGAGUGUUUUUUUUUUUUCUGCAAAUUUUCUUGACAACAUAUAUAAACGCAAAAACAUUAAAGUCAGAAUUUGAUUGCAGCUGCUGUGUAAUGUGUUGACAAUAUCAUGCAUUCCUUGUAAAAGUUGAAGUGUUUUAUUAUUAGUCAGUAAUCUUCUUAUGUAUAAGCUCUAUUGAAAUAAUGUACAUUUUAAAACAUCAGGGCUGCUUGAAAAACAUGUAAUGUGAUAUAAUAUAAUAUUUGCAUUUGCAAGAUUUGGAGCUAUAGUCUUAUCCCCUAACCCUCAAAGAGUUUACCUAAUAUAGGCUGAUGUGAGUUGGUUAUAUGGCCAACACACACAGUUAUAUGGUUACUGGUCUGGUCUGUGGUUGCACUGCAUUGAGGGAGACAUCCAAACGCACUGUGGAUUUUUCUUCUAAUAAUUUACCUUUUUUUAAAUAAAUUACUGAAACACAGCGGGGAAUUUCUGAAUUCUCUUUCAUGGCUUUGAGCAAUGUCUUACAAAAUAAAAGUUUAAUAGGUUAGCUGAAGGGAGAGGAAAAAGGAAAAAAGUCGAGCCAGUCCUAAUUUGUCAGACUAUAAUUACUGUUGAGCAGGCGUUAGGCCGCAGGGGAUGAAGGUGGCCAACAACAUGAACAUUCUCCUCUUGUUGAGCCCUGUUGGCGUCCUCACUUGUCCUCUGUCCAGCACACAAAGUCCCGGCUUAAUGAAGCUCUCCCAGUGUGUUGAGGCUUGAAUCCCCAGAAGCGGCAGUAUGGGGGAGCCAACCUCGUGGCCUAAUGACAACCUGCUUCAAGGAGCUUGAAAGAGCUCUCAAGAAGAGGGGAAAGCCAGUUGAAAUGUAAUCAUUAAAAUCACCCCACAUGAAAACGAGUCAGACCUAUUUCUCACACAGUCAGCCACCUUAUCUGAUAUUUCCGACGCUGGGCCAUUCUCUUUAUAUGGAGCCUUUGAUGUAUUUGCCGCUGCUGCAGCUCCCUGAUCCUGCUGGUUAGAAACACCUUGGUUCAAUUUGUCUCUCAGCCCAACAAGAAAACACAAUGGAGGUUUCAUUGGAAAUGACAUCUUUUAUUGAAGAGUGCCAGAGAGCAUUUAAAUAUUAAUUUCAUAAAAAAUGUAUACAGUGGUCUGUGUACAUGGUCUAUUUUAAUUCUGAGGCACAUCACUCAUUCCACUCUUGUGAGUGGAAUUGGGGCAGUCGUGCCACUGGAGGCUGUGAUUGACUCCUCCUUUUGUUUAAACAGAUCACUUCAUGUCCACUCAAAUAGAACAAUAUCAUCCAUUAGAGGACUGUGUUUACACAACCUCUCACGAAAUUAGUUUGUUUGUGUGUGUGCUCACACUAAUGUGUCCAAGUUUGGUGUCAUAAUGUUAAUGGAUUUUACUCGUCUUUGCAUGAAAGUGAAAAUAUGCAGAUCAGGGAUGUUUGGUGAAAUUAUGUGUUGUGCUUUGGGGUUUGCAGUCUGUUCAAGCGGCAGGUUCGGGAGGGCCUGUGCUGAGAUCUGCUCCUGUACAAACAACGGCACCUGCAACCCCAUCGAUGGCUCCUGCCAAUGCUUCCCUGGUUGGAUAGGAGAGGAUUGUUCUCAGGGUAUACCUUCUCCUCACCUUCAUCAUGUGUUAACUUUUCUUGGUUUUUAAGAUUUACUCCUCUCAUUGUCUGUCUCCACCUUUAAUUUCUCCCUCACAUUUACCUUCAUAGUCAUAAAUCAUUUUCAUGACCCUUCAAAUUCCAAUACUCACCCUCAGUCUCAGCGUAUGUAAAACAGAUAGCUUGCCAGAAUGAUUGUUGUAAUACAUUAUGCUCUUUGAUUUACUGCGCUGUGGGCCAGAGAUCAUUAGCAGAGCUUGGAGCUAUGGGAAAUUGAUGUGUGGGUUUUGAUUGUAUCAUACACCUCGAAUAAAAAUAACUAAUGAUCAGAUGGAUGUCAAAUUAGUAAAACUUUACUUUGGGUUAUCCUACCUGUUAAAAAUAUUUCUCCUAAAUAAUAGAAAUUAAAUCUUAAAGGUAAAAACACACUUCAUUUCCUGCAGAAUCAAAAUGUUGAUAUGCUUCUGGAUCUUUGUGUGUAUUGAGGAUGUUUUACCUUUCAAAAUGUGUGUUAUGUCUGCGAUGCAUGUCUGAUAUGAUGUGUUCAAGAGUGUGUGAUGAUGAGCUUGACUGUGUCUCUGGCGUCUGCAGCCUGUCCCUCUGGGCACUGGGGCCCUGAUUGUCUCAACUCGUGUAACUGUCACAACGGAGCCCAGUGCAGUGCCUACGAUGGGGAGUGCAGGUGCAGCCCAGGCUGGACUGGACUCUACUGCACACAGCGUGAGUCUCUCCCACCACGUUAGCAGACACACAGUGACAUCUGCAGGCGGCUCAGCAGACCUGCAGCCCAACACAAGCGGCUCAUGUUUGUUUUUUUUUAGAGACUACUGGCUGAUAUGAAGUUUCAUUCAGUUUUUUUUUCUUUUUUGAUGGAGCAUCAUCCAAAUAACACUAAUGGUCACUUCAUUAAUUUGCUUAUUUUAAAUUCCAGUCAUUCACUCAGGGACAGAACAGUUCAUCAACAUCAGUUCACCAAUUUGAAUUCCAUUAUCUUUCACCCUGAGGGGUUUGUUCAGUCCUUUUUGUGGUGUCAUGCUCUUUUGUAUGAAAAUGACAUUUGUUUUUGCACUUGCCCCCCCUUCUCACAUGGAUUCACACUCCCGUUGUUGUGUUCUGUAUUUCUGCAUUCAUGCUAUUUAACACCUUAACCAGAUUUUCUGCUGAAGCAGGAAACGAUUCAUUUCCAUUUGUUCACAUUGGCCUCAAUUGAGUAUGCUGCAGAGACAUUGAAUGAUAUUGAUUUUCCUGUUCCCCCUGCAAUAUAACCUUGACUCUUUAUGUUGUGUCUCUUUCCCUUUGCCGCCCCCUACCAAAACGUUUUCUACAUCUCUGUCCUAGGCUGUCCUUCAGGGUUCUAUGGCAGGGACUGCUCUGAAGUGUGUCGCUGCCAAAAUGGUGCAGAUUGUGACCACAUCAGUGGCCAGUGUGCUUGUCGAACGGGCUUCAUUGGGACGAGCUGUGAGCAGAGUUGAGUAGACCCAGCACAUUUUAGCUUUAAACAAAAUUACCGAGCGUGAGUGAGUGAGUGUGUGUGAGUGUCAGUGUGUGUGUGUGUUGUAUAAACACUUUGGCUCCCACUCUCUAAGUGCUUUAAUUUUGAUGGAUGUAGUAAUGCACCUCUCUCCCAUGCAGAGUGUCCUGCUGGUACAUUUGGAUAUGGCUGCCAGCAGCUGUGUGAGUGCCUGAACAAUGCUACCUGUGACUAUGUGACUGGAACGUGCUACUGUAGUCCUGGUUACAAAGGCAUCCGCUGCGAUCAAGGUGAGAGGUGAUCGGGAUGAUCAAGGCUCUCUUCUGUAUCAUGAUUUCAACACAGAUGUGUACACAAACUCACUUUCUGUGUAUUUCCUGUAGCAGCUCUGAUGAUGGAGGAGCUGAACCCGUACACAAAGAUCAGUCCAGCUCGGGGCUCAGAGCGUCAGUCUGCAGGGGCCGUCAUGGGCAUCAUCUUUCUCCUCCUCAUCAUCAUGGCCAUGCUCAGUCUGUUUGUGUGGUACCGACAGAGGCAGAGGGACAAAGGCCAUGAGAUCCAGCCGAGUGUGUCCUACACCCAGGCCAUGCAUAUCACCAACACUGACUACUCCCUGUCUGGUGAGAUCUUUUAGAGACUACUCAAAACGUGUGAUUCUUCUUGACAAACACUGAAGCUUUAAACAAAAACCACAAAACUAGAGUUUGAGAUCUGAAUUAUUUCAAAAACAAAGGUGAGCGAAAAUUUUAGAGUCCCAAUCAUAGACUGUGAAAAACAUGAACAUCAUCUUGGUUGACGUUGCUCAUUCAUUUCUGAGGCAGAAAUUUGAAACCCAGUGAAGAUAGUUGCCAUGUUGUAACCCAACUUUUAAUUGAGUCAAGAGGCAAAGAGGUGGAUCUGAGGUGGACCAUUAGCCUCUUGGCCAAAACCCACUAAGUGUCAGUCCGACACUUAAAAUGGCUGUACCCUUAAUCAUACAUAGUUGUGCUAAACUUGUAGCAUUUACAUCUUUAAUAAGUACAAGUAACAGAAAAAAACUCAACCCCUUUCAUAUGGGCUCUACUGUUAUCACUUAAUGGAAAAGAUAAGAUAAAGUUACAUUGAGCGACUACUGUUGAAAGGAAAGCUACAUUCAAGGAUUUUGUCUUUUGCUUUUUCUUGAUGAUUGAUAAAAUGUACCCAAGUUUUAAUACUCUUCUAUUUUAAAAGAUGUAUUUACUAAACUUUUCUUGGGGUACAGGAAUCUUUUAGCCCCUUUUAAAAACUGAAUUUAUGUAUUGAGAGAAAACUUUCAGAUAAAUCAAAGUUAAAAGUCACUGCAACCUAAAUACUGUGUAUUUGAUAACCAGUUGGAGAUCAAUCCUUAUAAAAGCUUCUUUUAGUACCUUUUGAUUUGUGUCAAACUUCCCCCUGUGGACAAAGCGGUGCCUCUUGAGUCUUGACUUGCUUUAUCAUUUUACAUUUUAAAGCAGAAGAGGUUUUAACAAAAAUCUUAUCUUGUUUUUUACUGUCAAGUUUAUCAUUCGUCAAACAUCCUAUCUAUGAAAAAGUCGAUUUUAGCAACAUGCAGCUUUAACAGGCAUAAAAAAAAAUAAGCUAUAAGAGAAAUUAUACGAAUCCCCCAUGAGGGAAAAGUCUCUUGUUACAUUUCCUGUAAGAGACAAGCAAAGGACUAAAAGAUGUAAAUGAUACAAACAGAUAUUGAUGGCAAUAGAAAUAAAAUGAUAGUAGAUAAUAAGAUUGAAAAUAAAUGCUUCUUGUUUGUUGAUGCACAAGUGUGAGUAUUAAUCUUAGUCUGUAUCAUAACUUGAACCUUUUAGAGUGUGGCAGUACUGUAGCCAUGAGGACCAGUGCUGCAGAGGUGAAUCAGAGCACAGGCGGCAGCAGCAGUGGUCAGUGCUUCUCCAACCCCAGUUACCACACGGUGGCCCAGUGUAACGUGGUCUCAACCAUCUCCAGCAACCUGGACGGCACUCUGACCCUCAAAGUAUGACCGCUCUCCAUUUAUGUUUUCAUAUGCAUUUUCAAUUACAUGAAACGGUACAUUAACCUGUGCUUAUUCUUUUACAGUCAAGCACUCUGAAGAACAGAAACGGCUCCGAGUGGAGGGCCUACUGCAACCUCAAUGAUAUAGGUCAGUACUUCUCUUACACACCAAAUUUUACUGGUUUAUUUUGGACUUUGCGGACUCCACAGUUCAAGGGCAGAGACCUGUGUGUCAGUGGUUUAGACCUCAUCUAGGCCCCAGCCCUGACACGGCCACCCUGCUGUGAAUGAAGAUGAACCUGAGGUUUCUUGUUAGACAUAACCUUUGCUCUGAUUGUGAUCAGAUAUGCGGGUGGGACAGAGGAAGCAGCCGCGCAGAGGUGAAAGGAGGCCACUGUGGGCUCAUUAGUUCUCUUUCGCUUUCCCACAUGGCACAUUACUUUAUGAUUGGACCCAUUAGGUCAGAUACUGCACUCCAAGGUUGUGAAUUAUAGAAAAUUAGCCGUGAUAGAAAUACUACUCAUAAAAGCUGACAUUUUUGGCUCAAACGCCUCCUUUCAGAAUUUGUGAGCAGUACAUAAACAUUAGAAACAUGGUUUGAUCGACCUAAUGUAGAUGUGAGAAUAUGUAUUUAUUUCUUCACUGCAUUGGUCAACAACCAAAACUCCAGCUAAUCAUAUAAUGAUAUAGAUCUGUGUAUUAAUAUGGAGAGCGUGCAUGAAAAGUGAAGCCAAAGUACUGCUUCAACAGGCGCUGACAAAUUACACUGGUGGAGCCUUGACAUCCAUGGAGGCAUCCGGCUAGUGGGGCUGGGGGCUAACACUGAUGGGUGUGAGAAGUUUCUCUCCCACCCUAUCUCUCUGUAUUUAUCCCAGCAGCGGCCUGGUGGCUGUCUAGCAUAAGUCUGGUCCUUCCCAAGGUUUCUGCCUGUUAAAAGGAAGUUUUUCUUUGCCACUGUCACUCAUGAUAGAUGAGAUGGGUCAAAUCUGUCCCAUUUUAACGUUGGGUCUUGAUAAUUCAUCAAACAAUGAGCGUGGUCUAGACCUGCUCUUUUUCUUUGGAAAGCGUCCUGGGAUGACGACUAUUGUGAAUUGGAGCUUUGUAAGUAAAAUUGAUUGAUUUGAUCGAGAAGUUCAGUAAUUCUUUUGCUUAUUACUUGUGUCAUUUUCUCUAUUCUUUCCUGUCUUGGUACGCUGAUCACUGCAAGCAGUUGUCAAUCGAGCUGUCAAUUCUGAUUUCACUUGUCCUUAUUUUAGCAUCAGAUAACUUAUCAAAACUAAACUUUCCUGAAAAAUAAACAUCUGCACAUUAAUGAGCAUGAGAAGAACUGUUACAACAGUGGGCGUAUUUGUAGAUGAGCAUUUUAAUUUUCUUGUUUGACCUAUGUUGCGUCUUUUUGUUUUGUGUUUUAUUACCUCUUUUUUAAUUUACUUUCUUUUUAUGCUUUAUCACCUUCAUUAUAUUUUAUCGUGGUUUUAUCAUUUUAGUCCUAGAUCCAGUGUUUCCUCAUCUUAUUUAACUCAAGUUAGCGUUUCCUCAGUCAUCUGUGGCAAGUUGAAGAGUCCUCACCUGGUCUUUUGUGUAUCUGUGUGUGUGUGUGUGUGUUAGUGCUGUAUGUGUUGAAUGGGGUUUGGUAUUUGUAUUUUUAUUUAUUUUAUUUCUUUUUUUUUUAUAUCCUGUGUGAAUGGACAGCACUUUGAGCUACAUUCUAUGUAUGAAAAGUGCUUUAAAAAUGAAGUUUGAUUGAUUGAUUAAUUUUGCUGUGGAGGUGUCCAGCUAGAAAAUCUAUGCUGCAUCCAGCUCUUUCAGAAGAGCUGUCAAAGUUUUGGCUUCACUUUAGGUAGCUGUUUUGCGGUCUAUGACUGUAUAUUGUCUGUAGUUCCUGUAGCACAUGAAUGCGCUACAAAAAUAAACACUUAAAAUCCCACGACAAACUUAAAGUGGCUAUCUAAACUGUACAGCCUAAUUGUAAACUCUAUUUGUGUAUUUCUCUGUAUUUAAUCAUUAUUGUCUGUAAUGGACUUAUUGCUGAUGAGUGACGUGCAAAAUUCUCCAUCUGUGAAUUAGUCUUUGUCAUGUCAGGCUGUAAAUUCAGAUAAAUCUUUGAGCACAGUGUCGUUUUAUGGUAGAUAACACAGCAGAUCAAUCACAGUGACAAGUCCCUCUCCUAAAACAGUCUUGGAUGAUUAUCCUGAAGUUCUGACAAAAGAGAUUGAUGACGACUUAAAUAAAAACGUGUUCCCUCUCUUCAUCAUGUGCUGUUGCUUGGUAAAUGUCCCAUUAUGACUGCAGAUUAUGACUUAAACUUGUAAAUCUCUAAAUGUUGAGCAAAUUUUGAAAGUCUUCAUGAUGAUGUUUCUUGUGUCUGUCAUGGAAAAUACGCAUCAGGGUGAACUUUAAUGAGAUAUUUCCUGUCAACCUUUUUAUUUUAUUGAUGUUUGAGUCUGAUGUAUCGACGUUUGUUCCAGAUGUUCAACAGGGGGAGACACAGACGCAGAGAGGCUCCAGAAAAGGUGAAUAAUUAAUAAUGUAAUUAACUCUGUGUGUGUGUGAGUCUCUGUGUGUGUUUGCUGCAUAGUGAAUCCUGUUCAGCUUCACCAGCACCAAUAUUACAAAAUCCUUUCAUGCUCAACAACCCAUGUAUCAAUUUCCCCUUCUUGGUUUCUAAUCCCCUCUGAGACUUUCAUUUCUCUGACCUAAAAAUCCCAUCUCCUUAUAUUCUCCAUGAUUUAUGUGAAAACUCUCCACACUUUGGACGAGAUCAUGGCGGGUCUGAGGUUUUGUUCCAAACUGUAAUUGCUCUCUAUGGCUCGGUGCCCAAUACGUCAUUUAGUCUCCCACACUGUGCAGUCGCUGGUGAAUGUGAAGGACCCAAGGGUGUGGAGAGGAGUCUGAAGGAGCUCUGCUGCGGUCUCUAAUGAGCCCUCUUAUCAGACUGAUGAGACUGUUAUGGAUGAGAUGAGCCUUCCUCUCUCUCCCCUUUGUACUCGGAUUACUAUACACCUCCAUUAUUAACCUGUCAGAGACAAAAGAAGUACAUGUUCUCUGAUAUGACAGCUAUUUUCCUUGGAGUUUACUUGGCCUGGCUCUAAUUCACUUUUAAAUGUACAUUUCUAGUAUUAACACUGCUCCUAUACAGUAAGUAGCGACUAUACCAUCACUGUCUUCAAUGCUUAAUCUGUCCUUGUCUAAUGGUACCUGCAGAUUACAUCAAGGCCUCUAUGUGCAGCAACAGCUCCUGCUCCCUGAACGGUGAGAAUCCAUACGCCACCGUCAGAGACCCUCCAGGGCUAGCAGCCUGCAAGCACACAGAGAGCAGCUAUGUGGAGAUGAAGUCCCCCUCUCACCGGGAGGUGCCCUUUGGAGGCACCGCCACCCUCCUGGGCAGUGCGGCCAGGAACGUCUAUGAUGUUGGUGAGUGCGUUGUUGUUCAGGUGUGUUGAGCACAGCAGGGUCUGGUCAUGUGUCCCCACUGUGCAGACAUUUUAGCUUGCUGAGAGGAAAUGUGAGCUUCUGUUCUGCUGCAUGCACCUCUACUUUUUCCCCCUUUUCUUAAGCCUAAGUGUUCUUCACCUUCAUCUCCUACUUUUCUCUUUUCUUUUCUUCCAAUAACUCUUUCAGAGCCAACUGUGAGCGUGCUGCAGGGACCCAAUGGAAUGGCAACCGGCUUCUCCCAGAGCCCUUAUGACCUUCCCCGUAGCAGCCACAUCCCCAGUCACUAUGACAUACUGCCCAUGCGCCACAGCCCCACACACACACCCCCGCCACCCCCAGAAAGCCCCAGCUCCAGCUCCCUGCUCUAGAGGAGCACAAACACACACACACACACACCCUCUCACGGCCCGGCUCUGGCAGCACGCCGGCACCCAGGCAACGUUGAGAAACGUUUAAGCAUCGGCUCUCCCUCUGUCUCUCUGUGUGCUUUUGAUUAGAUACUGAGAUGUUGAGAUGGAGGGACAGCCUCUGCUCUUUGGCUCCCUUCACUUGCUCUCAUCCUGUGGCCCUGAUGGAGGGAGGGGUGAGGAAAGAGUCCACACACCAGCGACUGUUCACCCAUUUAAUUUUUCUUAUAGAACUGAUCACUCAAACUGCUGCCCAGUCUCUUUAUGGACCUCUUGGAGUGGAACGCAGUGAUUCUAAAUGAGCAGCAUACCGGGAUUGUUCGGACAGAUUAUUUACAGGGAAAGAGCUAUGAUCACACUCAGUUUUAGCUCAUGAUAUAGGUUUACUAUUCAAGGGCAGCCAAGUGUUUAUAAUGUCCUCCAAACAGGAGUUAUUUUCUCCACAUGGGGGAAGGUAUAGCAGCCUUACUCAUAUCAGAGCAGGUCACGGUGAAAUAUUAACAGAGAUUUUGAAUCGUCAGUAUGCAGCAGAUGCAGAUCUACAAACAACUAACACUGAUCUUCUACUGUGAAUCUACAAGAACAUAAGAGACCUUGAUAUUCUGAAACAAGAGGGAGAAAUGAGGAAGAAGUCUGAUAAAGCAUGGACACAUUUUAAAAUAUUAUAACACUGUUAAUGAUCACACACAGUAAAUACUAAGUUGAUCCCUCUGCGUGUACAUUUUAUUUUGUUUUAGUGUUUAUGAGGCCUGAUGUAUCUGCAGAUGCUUCUAGGCCACCAGUGUUUCAGGCAUUAAUGCAUCACUAUGACACCCUCACAUGCAGUAUAGGUCUUAAGAUUUCUACCCCACUCUGAUGAGGUGAUCAGAUCAUGUGUUUGUUUUCUAUGUGAAAGCUUUUUUUUUUUCUUUUCUUGCAAAUGUCUUGGUUUACAUUUUUAAGUGUUGGGUUGUAAAAGAAGGGAUUGCUUUAACCUUUUUAUGUUUGGUAUUUAUAAAGCUUUAUUUAAUAAUUUAUAUAAGUGAUGGUGAGUUUUCUAUCAAUGUGACACUAGAAUUAAAAAAAAAAAAGAUAAGCAUGAUCAGAUAAUGGAAACCCACUGAUGUAGAUAAAACCCAAUUUAUCUUCUUGUUAAAUGAUCAGUGUCCUUUUGUGAAACGUUUUUUGAAGUUAUUUAAAAUGUUUUCUCCCAAUCUCGCUGUCAGAUUAUUGAUUGAAAAUGUUUCAUCUAACCAGUUCAAGACCCAUAAAAACCCUUUGAAGCAUUUAAGAGAGGAAACUAUGUGUAAAAAGUCCAACUUUAAAGUAUUUUAUGUUUGUAUCAGGCUAACUUAUUUAUAUAUAUAUAAAUUAAAUUUUAUUCAUUCACUAUGUGAAUUCCAUUCAACCCUCUGUAGAAGCAAUAACAUGUUGACAAUCGAUGCCCAGACAACAAUUUUCAUUAGUGCUGGACAUUAUGACAUCUCUGACUAGUGUGGUGACAGUGGAUCAUAUUUUAUGUGACUGUUUUUCCUCUGAGGAAGGUUUUCCCCAGUUGCUGUCAUAUCAAAGCUGCUUGUUGUUUUGGUAAAUAAGUUUCAAAUUAAAAGCUUAUUCUGCCAUCAGACACCUGUUUCAGUCACAUUGAUACUCUUACUUAACCUCAGAGAAAUGUCGAAACAAAGAAUGUUUGACUCUGAUGGAUCUAGGAUAUCACUCCAGCAAAUAUUAAAAGUUGUUCAAAUCUAAUAAACGGGUACUUACGAUCUCUGACCUGCUUCUACCUGCAUAACUGCGUGUUUAAAACUUAUCUAGAGUCUGGAAGUUUCUAAAAUGUCUAAUGUUUAAAAAAAAAAGUGACAAAAACAGCGUAAACACAUUGUAGGCUCCACAGCUUUGUAAAAACUGUGAUUUUGACAGUGUUGUGGUUUCAAAAGUAUUUGUAUUUGUUCAUCAGAUGUGACACACAUUUUAAACAUUAAAGUUUUUAAUAUAAAUCACCAGAUUUCGAAAUAUCA